AUGAAGAUAGGGCUGUCACUGGCCACGGCUGCCUUGCUUGCAGCCUUGUUAUCCUUCGUAGAUGCUCAAGGUAAAUGAAACCAUCUGGCUUCAGUACACAUACGUAUACUAUUCCACCCUGUCUCUUUAUCUUCUGCUUCUUUUCUUUCUCCUGUUAAUCUCCACUGGUUGUUUUUGUGACAGGGAUACGCCUGUUAUUAAUCUAAGAGAGUCAUUGAAUAGAUACUGAACCCUUUGUAUUGAUAAUCUGAAUAAAGUUAUCUUAUUUCAUGUGUAUGCUAUUUAAUUACGUGAAUUGUGCUCUCAUGAAUGAUUCCUCUAUUAUAGGCAUUCUUUUAUAAUCCAUUUGUAGUCUAUUUUGCCAGAUUUAUCUGUCAGGACUCAUUACAGGCUUUGAUGUGAAAUCCAAAUCCUGAUUGAAUUUACUCGUAUUAGGCUGUAAUUUAGAUGUUUUAUACCAAAUACUCAAGAAGCAAUUUUCUCAUUUCGAUUUGGCAACUAAGAACAGUCAAACUCAUUUUGUUUCAUAUCCAUAAUUAUGUGCAUUGAACUGCACAGCAUAGAGUGGAACAAAAGUCAUUUUAUGGCUUAAUGUUCCCUCAUAAAUGUUUGUGCAGGGCUGUUUCUGUUUCAGGUUUAUGACAGCAAGUCUGCACUUUUCCGAAGCAAAAUUUGGAACAAUGCCAAGUCCUUACUAAUUAGCCACUGAAACGCUACAGCACAUAUUUUUGAGUUAUUAUGAUUAUGCUGAGGUUGUAGUAGGAAAUUGUUAACCUGUGUAAAUCUCUCUGCAGUGGUUUUUAGUGUUUGCAGUGGCGCAGUGUUUUGAGUCAUUGAAUUACUCAUGCAACAAAAGUCAGUGCACGAGUGGAAAUUGAAUCUAGUAAUGAAACACAUACACAAAUUUAAACUACAUGCAGUUUGGAAAAAGUAUAACUCAUUGCAAUGUAAAAAUCAAAAGAUAAAGUAACUGUUCAGAAAAUGUGCCUUUAUUACAGUCAGAUGGUAAGACUGAAAAUGCAGUAUCCAUGGACUUACUUUGACUUUCAUGCCUCAAUUUUGUGCUCAUAUAUUAUGUUUAAGGAGCUGUUUAAUACGAUUGCAAUACAUGCCAUAAGAACUAACGUGUCAUAGACUGUUAACAAUCUGUCAGUAAAUUUGACAUAAAAUAACUCAAAGUUAUUCCUUAUGCAAACAUUUCAGUCCAAUAAAAUGGCAAAUAUGGAAAUAUGGUAUGGAAACCUUCCUGAUUUUUCCUUCUAAAAGUUCUCUGGCGGGCGGAGAGGAGUCUAAUGUCUACCCUCACAUAUCUUCACUAAGGGAAUGGAAAGAUGAAAUACGAGAAUAGCAAAUUAAUCCUCAGACAGCACAAAGACAAAGAGUCUUUCUAGGGCUUCUUUGCGGGCUUUUGCAAAAACGCUGAAUUGCAGUACAUAUGGAAAGUUAAUAUGCAGUGGUGUUUAAUGUCAGCACAUGUUGUGGAAUUACUUUGGCAUCUGUCCUGCCUUUUUGGGAGAGUCGGUGUUCUUUCCUCCUCCUCUUGGUCUCUCCUCCUGGCAGUGGCUCUGGCCAGGAUAACUGGCUGGCUGGUGCGCUGGCUUCACACUGAGGUUACUAACAGAACAGUAGCCAGACUCUGGCCAGAGAGCCAGAGGGGUCCUUUAUUAGGAACUGAUGGGACAGACGUCCACAUGACAAGAGCAACCACAGGGUCCACAAGGUCCAUCAACACACCAGGGAUUAUUUUGACAAAACCACAUUUGCUGCUCUGAUGUAUUUAGAACCUGGAGGACAUAUGUUCCAAGAAGUCAUCAUAUAUGGAGGCGUUCAGACUAUCUUGCACAGUUGUGGGUUUUUCUAAUCAAAAAUGUCAGUGCAAACAUCCAUCGCUUUGCUACUUGCAACUCUUCAGCUUACUCUUGCACAUCUCCCACACCUACACAUCCACACACACACAUUUACAUACCAUUUUGAUGUUGGAGAUGAGUACUCGUGGAAAUCAGGGAGAACGCUGUCCAUCCAGGCUCCUUGAAUUGAUACGCCAGGUUGGUGAUCCUCCAAUCCCAGUUUUUAACUAUCGGGUGGGCUCCUGUUUGUCAUCUGCCUGUGCACUCAGUGUGUCCCAAGCUCUGGCUUCCUCCAUGAAGAAUAUUUUACAAUGAUAUUCUUGCCUCCCAUGGCACUCAAUAGCUAACUUGCACCAAUGUUGCAUCAGUCUUUGUUUUGUCUAAUGCAUGCUCACGUACAUGACCAUAUAUCAUUCUUCACAAGUUUGUACUGGUAAAGCUGUGAAUAUAUUCGGGCCUAAUCUAUUUGAUUGAGUUUGUUCAUGCUAACCAAGUUAACAGCCUAAGUUUAAAAAGAAAAAAAAAAAAAACAUCUAAUCUUGUCUCAUGUCUCUCAGUUGUUCAUCAUGUCACUAAGUAGAAUGUCUGUUAUGUAACACUAAUUUCCUCUAUCUUAAUAUAAUUGUCUCUGCCAAGUUGCAUGAAACUUAAUAAUUUUGAUUUAAGUGAUUGAAUUUACUGUAAUGGAUCAGAAACUAACCACAUGAAAACUGACAAUAAUGGUCAAGUAUUACUUUGCUAUAAGGUAAUUUUAGACUUCUGGUUUGAGCUGCUCUGAAAUUGGAUGAGACUUCAAUGCAUGUUAAGAAUGCACUCUAAAUAUUAACACACUUCCUCGAAGGAAAUAUGGCCACCACUGGUGGCAUAUAGAAAGAAUAUCAUUAUAAAAUAUGUUUGUCAUCUCUGUCUGUGUGGUCCCAACUGUACAUGGAAACUACCGUCAAAUCAGUCAAAGUUGUUGAGCCAAACAACUUUCUUCAUGUACAUGAUGCAUGAUGCUGUGAUCAAGUCAGUCAAGAUGUAAAAGUGCGUGGUCUUGUCACACUGUAUGUGUUUUUCUGUGUUUAUUUUUAUGUACACACUGUCUUCAUUAUGGUUUAUUUGAACAGUCUUCUCAGUGUCAACAGUAAUUUUGUUCUUUCAUUUUUUAUGCAUUGUGCUGCCGAUGAAAAAGUACACAAGGGUCUCUGGCGACGAAUUGUGUAUUCUUUUUAAAAGGUUUGCAAUGGAUGUAUGCCACUCACUUGGAUAAAGAGUUUUAAACCAAUAAAUACCAAACCAGUUUUUGUGUUUGAAAUAUGUUUAUAUACAAUGUAUAUAUAACAUAUGGUUCAAUUCUGUAACAUUUACUCGACUAGUCCCACGGCAACCUUGAUUCCAUUGUAUAAUCAGUAAUUUGUGAAUGAAGUCAGGUUGUAUUUUGUUAUGCUGAGAUAAACUCCAUCAUUAAAGCAGCAUAAUAUGUGGUCAGAGCAUGCAUUAGACAGACUGCACUCAGCAUGUGUUGGAUGGUUCACUUAAUGUUUGCACUUAGAGAGUUUGUGUGGAGUCGUGCACAUGUUGUGUAUGCCAGUGCUUGAGUUUGCUGGCCGUGUAGGUUGAGCAACUCAAACAAACGCCAUUUUACUCCAAAAUGGCUCUUUACACUUUUUAAGUGUUGUCACGUGUUCUUUAACUGUUACCCUCACGAAUGGACGUCAGUGCUACAUGUCUGUCCCCAACAACAAACAAGUCCACUUCAGUCAUGAAGUGUUUGUCGUUGGGAUCAAUGUGAAUGCUUGAUUAGAAGUACUUUGCUUUGAUCACAAUUAUGUACAUAUUUAUACAUACUGUGUUUGUAUUUGAUGUGAUUAACAGCUUAUUCCAUCUUAUUUACAGUGGAGCCACCCUCAGGCUUGAAAUUUAAAAUAAUAAAUGAGAACACAGUGGACAUGUCAUGGACGAGACCCUCAACAAGGAUAGAGGGCUUCAGAAUACAAAUUGUAUCAGAAGCAGGUAUGUCAGUAUGGCGUUUUCACCAACACUUUUUAGACAUGUAGACUCUCACAACAGUUUGCUCACUGCUAUUAUCUCUAUAGAGGAACCGGCUAGAGACUUUACCCUGGAUGCAUAUGCUACCACAACCUCAAUCACUAACCUGACUCCUGACUUGGACUACUCAGUCUAUAUCAACUCAUUUGUUGGGACAGAGGAGAGCAUUCCCAUCUUUGGACAACUCACCAGUAAGUUUAUCCUUACAAUUUUCCCAUUUGUUGUGUAGUAUUAGAGACAGAUUAUGACUGAGGUUUUUUUUUGCACGCUUGUGAACACUGUCUCCUGCUCAAACACUGAGAUAAGCUUCGACCAAAAGUGAUAUUUCACUUUGAUGAGAGUAUACUUGUUCCAUGAAACACUUCACCCAGCCAUGAUUCAUAGUAGUAAGAAAUCACAUCUGUGUUUACUGACUGUUAAAUUUCUUACAGUUAAAAGCUAAUGCAGCAUAAAAAAUAUGUGUUUGUGUGCAUGUGGUUUUGAUCCUGUCCAGCUUUUAUGAUGUGUUGAUUCACUUGUCUUUUUCCACUGUGAAAAAAGCAGGGGCGGCAGUGCACGGUACUAACUCACCAAGUGUUUCCUGUGUUUCAGUUCAGUCCAGUAACACCAGUGAACGAGUCAGGAGGCCACAGUCAGAUGCAAUCAGUGAGUAUGUUUACCCUAGUGUCAACCAAAAUCUGUACAGGGCCUGUCCUCCACACUAUUUUCCAUUUUUUAAAAUUCAAAUUUUCCCUUCAUGGCUGUCAUCAUGUUUUUCCUCUUUAUGGAAUAUUUUGGUCAGGCUUGCAUUUUACUUUCUGUCUGAGUUGUCACUGGUUAAAGUAGACAGAGAUCUGACAGUAACUGGUGGAGCACACAUAGGUUAUACUCUAAUUGAAACCAGUUGGCUCAUUAAGAAAAAAGGAAAAGGAAGGCUUAAGGCUAGGAGACAUGAGUUCUGCCAAGCUUCAUAGAGGAGAGGAAAGGAAAAGGGAAAGGAAUUACAUCUUAAUGUAUCCCUAAGAAACAAGUACUGUCUGCUAAACUGUUAGAGAUGCUGCUGGGUUUACAGGUAUUCAUCUGUCAACUGGCAAUGCCACAAAAUUAAUUCAUGUGGAUCUAUAGGAGGAUUACAUUUCCUCCCGCUUGUUGAAUACUACAGGACUUCAUACACUUAGCUCUAGACUCCCCUGGACCUGUACUGAUGGUUGUGCUCCCAUAGGCUACUUCACAACCACCCUAAAUGCUUUCCAAGCAGUCACUUCCAACAUUAGAUCAGGACAUUUUAACAGAAAGUGGAUGCCCUUUCAAGAACAAAAUUAAGAGUCAACACCAAGGGGAAUAAAGAUUAAAGUCCACUUACAUCAGUCCUGCCAAUUAUUUCAAUAGAGUCAUCACAAGUGUUCCAGAGAAUUUCACCAGUGACUUAAAACCCCUUUUGAUGUCAGAGUAAACAAGUGACAAAUGCUGGUGAAACCGCUGCUAACUGUUUAGUCUGUGGAGCCACAUUUUUACCCUUUGUGAUGACUAUACCAGUCCUCUGUUUGGCACUGGCUGAUAUUUCCUUUGAUGUCAGAGCACAUAUCUCUGAGACAGCCAACUAAAUGUCAAGGAGUAGAAUUUAUUUAGACUGACAAGAGGGGAAAAGGCCACUAUAAAGAUUUUGUUGCUGCUGCUGCUGCCAUACCUACCUUACUGGCACACUUCUGGCUCGAACAGUGGUUACUUUGAGACAUGGUUUUCAUCAUUCAAAAUGUUUACAUUAAUCUUUUGCUGGCUAAACCAUUACAAAUCAGAUAAGUUAAAAUAAGUAAUAAAGCCGUCUUUAAACUUUCUGACAGACUAACUCCUAAUCCUCCGCCAUCUUUCUGCAGAGUGUUCCGUCAGUGCAAUAGCAGAUUUGGUCUUUUUGGUGGACGGGUCAUGGAGUGUGGGCAGAGAGAACUUCAAGCACAUCCGUAGCUUCAUUGGAGCGAUGGCAGGGGCCUUUGACAUUGGCGAGGAGAAGACCCGGGUGGCUGUGGUUCAGUACAGUACAGACACCCGCACAGAGUUCCCCCUCACCCGUUUCAACAGAAGAGGAGAGCUGCUGAAAGCCAUCAGCUCCCUGCCGUACAAGGGGGGAAAUACUAUGACAGGUAAGGGGCUUACAGACAUGGAUAAGUGUUCAUUUCUAGUUUUAUUCUCUGCUGUCAUACUGCCAGUAAGGCUUUGCAAUAAAAGUGAUUCUAAUUGUACAUUUAAUGUGGAGAUAUUAAUCAUGUCAAGUUGUUUAACCGUAGAGUGGUGUUAGUACAGCAAAUCUUUAAAAACACAUGUACAUUUUUGUUUUAAGGUGAUGCCAUAGACUACCUGCUGAAAAACAUCUUUACGGAGGCAGCUGGAUCCAGGAAAGCUUUUCCUAAGGUAGCCAUGAUUAUCACUGAUGGAAAAUCCCAGGACCCUGUGGAGGAGUACUCUAAAAGGCUUAGGAACAUCGGAGUGGAAAUAUUUGUUCUAGGUAUGGUUUAUUAUUCAGUUUUCUGUUGAAUAAGCUCUCCCAUGUGAAAGUCUGCCUGUUCCUGGAAAUCAUUGGAUUUUCCAUCGAUUGUAAUAUCCAUAUUUGACUCGAUAAAAGUCAAGUACCAUUAUUUUUUUCUAACCCACACACUGCUUUAAAACUGUCAGCAGUCUAGCACAUCUGUCAUGCAGCCGCUUAGUAAAGAAAGUCUUUGUCUAAUGGUUUUGAAAUUCACAUUUUCCCACGUAGGUAUCAAAGGAGCAGAUGAGGAGGAGUUGAGGGAAAUGGCCUCCCCACCGUACAACAAACAUGUGUACAAUGUUGCCAACUUUGACAUGAUCCAAGAGGUGCAGAAAAAGAUCAUCACAGAGGUGUGCUCUGGUGUUGAUGAGCAGCUCAGUGUUCUGGUCAGCGGAGAGGAAAGUAAGUCAAAAACCUAAAAAGAUUUAUUAAACUUAAUUUGUUUCAAAGACUUAAUUUUUUAAAAGUAUGGCCAUUGAUUGUUUGCAGCUCAACAAACAUUUGGAUGCAGUUUACAUCUUGAUACUCAUAUUGGCACAUUUCUUUGAAUUUUCCAUAGUGGUGGAGCCAGCCUCUAACUUGCAGGUCACAGAAAUUGCAUCCAAGUCCAUGAGAGUGACAUGGGACCCCUCCCCAGGUGAUAUUACAGGCUACAAAGUCACCCUUGUCCCCAUGCUACCUGGAAUGAAACGACAAGAGUUGUACAUGGGGCCCACUCAGACAUCCAUCAAUAUCCGGGAUCUCUCCCCUGAGACCGAGUAUGAGAUCAGCCUGUCCGCCCUCAAAGGUUUGACUCCCAGUGAACCCAUCAUGGCAAUGGAGAAGACCCAACCUGUCAAGGUGUCAACAGGUAAGAAGAUUGUUUCCGCAUGGUAGCAUACAUAUAUAUCUUUAGAUGCGUCUUUUUCCCAUCAUGGAUGACAAUCAAAGCCAUUAACUGAACCAUCAUGUCUUGUCUUUUUAAAGAGUGCUCUUUGGGAGUGGAUGUACAGGCGGAUGUGGUCCUUCUGGUUGACGGCUCAUACAGUAUUGGAUUACAAAACUUUGCCAAAGUCCGUGCCUUCUUGGAGGUUCUGGUUAAUUCUUUUGAUGUUGGACCAGGCAAAGUCCAACUCAGCUUAGUCCAGUACAGUCGGGAUCCACACACUGAGUUUGCCCUCAACACCCACCAUGACAUUAAUGCUGUUGUCAAAGCUGUGCGUACCUUUCCCUACCGUGGAGGGUCAACUAACACUGGUAGAGCCAUGACCUAUGUGAGAGAGAAGAUCUUUAUCCCCUCCCGUGGAGCAAGACAGAAUGUUCCUCGCGUCAUGGUCCUGAUUACAGAUGGAAAGUCAUCCGACUCCUUCAAAGAUGCAGCAACCAAUCUUAGGAAUAUUGAUGUGGAGAUCUUCGCUGUUGGCGUGAAGGACGCAGUGAGGUCAGAACUGGAAGCCAUUGCUAAUCCCCCAUCAGAAAACCAUGUCUUUGAGGUAGAGGACUUUGAUGCCUUCCAGAGGAUCUCUAAAGAGCUGACUCAGUCCAUCUGUCUGAGGAUUGAACAGGAGCUGCUGAACAUCAAAAAGAGGAGUGAGUACGAUGAUAGAAUAAAUUAAUCUAGUGACUAGAACCUGGAUCUAGUCACCAAUGACUCAGAGGCAGCAGUUAUUGAUGUGUAGCAUUUGCUAAGCUGAACUUGUAUAUUAGAGUUCUAUUUGAUGGAAAAGAGCUUGUGCAGUUAUGAAUAAGUGUAGAUAGAUAUUAUAGUGCUGUGGAAAAUGAAGAGCAAAAAAGGCAAGGUGUAGACAAAACCAAAUUAAGCCACACAACUAUAGCCUGUGAAUUAAACAUACCCAAGAACCCAAUGCACUCAGCCCAUAUGUUAUUACUCACAGUCUGAAAACCCCACUGUCUGGGACGGUAUCAACAGUUCUGUUAUGAAUGGCUAUAAGCGCCAAGUUGUGGCUGUUCCAACCAGUGGUGGAAUGAUUACCCUAAAUAAUAUGAGGAAUGAUAGUGAAGCUUCUAGUCCCAAAACAAACACUUCUUAUUCAGCACAUCCUUUGUUACUCAGUUUUUUGGCUGGACAAAGUUACAACAAUGUGUUGUUCUUAAGCCUGCCAGUAUGGAAGUCAAAGUCCAUGGACAAGACAAUGGGCAGGGAGAAGGAGGAAUAAAACAUAGCUGUAACCACAAAAACCUCAGAUUCAGAACAAAAUGAGCCCAUGAUAGUUUUAUUUUACAAACGACCAUAAUUGAGGCUUUCGUGCUUCCUUCAUAUGACAUCAGUUCUCAACAAAGAAUCCUUUAUUUUCAGGUCUGCUUCCUCCCACUGACUUGAGGUUCUCAGAGAUCACCUCAAGAAGCUUCCGUACCACCUGGAUACCGCCUACUGCUAAUGCCUUGUCCUACCUGGUGCGUUUCCGCAAGGCUGAAGAUGUAACUGGAGACUACAUUACCCUGGCAGUGCCCGGUGAUACCACAACAGCUGUUCUGCUUCGACUAACCCCCCUCACCCCCUAUGAGGUCAACGUGUUUGCUCAGUAUGACAAAGGAGACAGUUUCCCUUUGACCGGUGAAGAGACCACCCUAGAAGGUGAGAGACAUUUGCUCUGAAUAGACCCAAAGCUUUGAUUGUCAUUAAAGCAAGAAUGUGUUGAAUAUAAAUUCUUUUACUUUUUCAGAACAAGGGGCUGUUCGAAACCUUCGAGUUACAGAAGAGACAACUGAUAGUUUCAGGGUGUCAUGGGAAGCUGCUCCAGGUGCGGUGAUAAGAUAUCGCCUGUCCUAUAUCCCACUAAGUGGUGGAGGGGAAAAUCUUGAGGCCCAAACCAUCGGACCAGAGACUACUAUAGUUCUCCAGGAGCUCUUCCCCCUGACCACGUACAGGGUGUCUGUGUCUGCUGAGUACGCCACUGGCAUGGGGGAUGACAUGCAAACAGAUGGCACCACUAAGGAAGGUAAGCUAGGAAAACACGCUUUCAGGAAUAUUUUGAAACCUAAUUGUUUAUGCAUCUGAUAUGAAUAAGUGAUGCAUUUUUUUGUACUUUCAGUCCGUGGCUCUCCUCGGGACCUCCGCGUCUUUAAUGAGACUAUAUCCACAAUGAAACUGGCAUGGCAGGCUGCUCCAGGAAAUGUCCUUCAGUACCGUAUUUCCUACAAACCUGCAGCGGGUGGUGAGGGACAGGAGAUAUCUGUCAAAGGAGAUACAACCCAGGCUCUGCUGAAGAAGCUCCAACCAGCUACUGAAUAUGAACUCUUUGUCAGUGCUCGCUACACUUCUGGUGUGGGGGAUCCUCUUGUGGGCACAGGAACCACCUUGGAAGGUAGGAUGAUAUUUUAUUGAUACUGUCUGAUGUUUUGAUGCUGUAGGCUCAACAGCGGCUAUCACAAACAUUCAAAGUAAAUGAUGUGUGCAGCUCCUUUUAGACUUACUUCAAAGAUUUAUGUUUUCUUAUUGUUUUUUUGUCAUUUGGUUUAUUAGAUUGUACUUGAUGUGAAACUACUCAAAUUGGGUCAAUUGUCUCCCCUCAAGUUUCUGUGAGAGUGUGGCAUUCAUUUUUUUCUCACUUAUGAUCACAUCAGAGUUAAGGGAGUUAAGGUUUUGCUUUUUAAGGUUGGCUGGUUAAAUGGGCUUUGGUCACAGAGAGAGGACAGGAAUGUACCACUUGUUACAGUUCCUUUGGCACUGAGUGUAUGUAAGGUUGGUUUUGCCGCCCUGAAGGCAGCUGAGAUGGAAAUGGGUGGGGGGUGCUUGUAAACCUUGGGAACUUAUGAAAUGGCUUGGAACAGACUUGACAAAGUCAUUCUUUACAUUUUGGCCUUUCUGAGACUUAGAGUUUCAUAUGUUGCAGUGUUUUUUUUUUAAACAUUUUUGCGUAUUUCACCUUUAAAAUGUAUCAAAAACUUGGAAUUGGUCAUAAGUGACCUGGUCAGGCUCAACAUACACUUUACACCCAGUGUAAGUGCAGAUCUGUGGAUGGUGCAAAGUUGUGUUGAGAUUGUUGUGGCGACAAACCACAGAAAAAAAAAAGUCAAAGAGCUCUAUUGAGAGAGAAAAGGGGAGGUCUUGCCCUUGGGGUCUAGAGAUCCCACAGGGGACUAUAUCUGGCUCCUAUUCAGUUCCGCUUUUGGCUGUAAAACCAGGAAACUAAAUAUGAGACGCCUUGCUGAGCAUUACAGAAGGAAGUUUAUUUUACUGGUUGCAAUGGUCUUUAGUAGCCUUGGCUGUUAAUUACAAUGAUGAUUGUUUGAUUUAUGUGCGUCUACUCAAAAAACAUUGGGAAAAUUGGUUAGCCUAAGUUCAGUUACUGUUGUGGUCAUGAGAUCAUGAGAGAGUAGAAAUGCUUAAAGAGUUUUUGGUGCCCAGAUGAAGGCAGAACAUCGGAGUUUUAGGCCAUGGACACCUCAAAGCGUGUUAUUUAUCAUAAGACCUGUGUAGGAGUUCUUGUUUCUUAUAGUAGUCUUCUUGUGGUGUCAGGUGUUUAUUGAAGGUCACACAUGUACCACACAGACCAUGUUUUAAGAAAUACUUUGGCUCAUGAGCAAUAUAGACAUCAUAAUUUUUUAAUUUUGAUGAGAGUUGCUUUUUUCCCCACAUUUUUUAUAUACCUAUUUAUUUCUCUGUUCCCACGCUGACCAAAGGGCUUGUUGUGGUCUUAGAAUUUGUUUCCACAUGUCAAAUCUGUGCUGUCAUCAACCAUCCACCCCCACAGGAAAAAAGCUCCAUGACAAAGCACUUUGUUUAGCUAGCUCCAUUAAGCUGUCAUGACGUCAGCAUGCUUCGACACUGAUCUCAUUGUUUAGAGUGUCACUCAUUUUGAGUGACCCUCUUAUGUGAAGUCCAUGUAGGCGAGAACUGGAAGAGAGUGGCUCACACAAAGCCCUCCCUUGUGGCCAAUGGUGAAUGGUAGCCAAUACAGAAGCCUUGAAUAGGACAGAAUUAUAACAUCCUGAAGUGACUCAGAAGAGGAAAGAAAGGUGUCAUAGCAAAUGCUUAGAUGGACGUCGCACAUGUGGAAAUUAUAAACAAACACAGAAAAAUCAUUUUCAUCAGGAUACAGAGUUUUAUCCAACACGUGGAAGAAGUUACCUUAGAGGACCUUGAAAGCUGUCUGUCUGGUCACAGUGAAAACUGUUGGUUCAUCUCCCUUAAGGGUGGGGCAAAGGACAGGCAGAGGCAAAAAAGAGAGCAAAGUCGGGUAAAUAAAGGGUACUUCAGAGAUUAUGUGAACAAUGCUUCAGGGUGGCCAAGUGAAUAAAAACCCCCGCCUAUAACCAAGAGGUCAAAUAUUCAACCCCCUGAAGCAGCCAUUGUACCAAAUUCUCAAAUAAUUAACCUCUUACAUAACUCAGAAAAUGUUUCGUCCUGUGCCCCAAGGUCUUUUUUUAAUCUCUUACUUGGAUAGCAGACAUUACCAGGUAAACUUGCAGCAUCUUGGUUUCUUUUUUCAUCUACCAGUCCAGGCUCCUUCAUUUGUACUCCUAGACAGUCCUUCCUGUCACUCCAGAGGUCCUUUGAGGUAAAAGGCAAGCAAAAGCAAGGCAGGAGACAAGCAACCCUGGCACAUAAACACUGACAGCUUUAUCUUUGUAGCUCAGAUGUAUGCCAGAGUGAACCAAAAGCAAUAAAGUAAGGAAGUUUACCAUCUAGUGCCAGUGCUGAGAUGGCACUUUGUAGUAAUGAUGUAUUUCCUGCAGUCGUUUUGGAGUUUAUUGAGAAAGCAAAAAUUUGCAAAUCAGAGCUUAGUUUAAUCUUUAAACUGAGUUUCUGUGUGCUUGACAACCAAAUCCAAGACUACGAAUCAAUACAUCAAGAGAUGGUGGCUUAAUAGAGUGAGAAUCGACAGCCUUAGAAAACCAUUAUGAUUAUUUUCACAGCACGAGCUUGUUGUGUUUCAAGAACAUUUCUACUGCCUGCAGGCAUUUUUCUGAGAGGUGCAGCCUUUAUAUUCUCAGGCUUUAGACAUCUUUGGCUGCAGAUGUGAAGCUUAUGCCAGCACAUGGCCCAAAGCAAAUCUCUCAGAUGAUCUUCAGUUAUGUCACAUGUGGUUUUCUGGAAAAGAGGGAGAGGCUGAGAAUUUGUGAUCUGGUCUUGUAAAAGAUUUUAAUUUUAGAGUACACUUCUUCUUGAAGGCUGAGAAGCAGUUGAGGAGCUGAGAGGGAUAUUCUGAAUGUUUUAAGCACCAAAUGUUGUCUUUCCUAUAUUUAUAUGCAUAUGUACAUUUUAAAGCUUGUGAGAUCCCACUCUUGUGAUAAUUUCAACAGCUGUAUCUCACUUUGUUUGUAUGAUGUUGGAUUUAUGCAUGUGUAACAUGCAGACGGACAUUUCUGCCAGGCCCGUGGACCAUGUGUUUCAUGUAUGAGUGCUCUGGUCAUUUGAGUCGCCUCUUCUCUUUGGCCUGUCUGCAAGAACUGAUGAAAAUUGAGCCACUGUCUGCAGAAGUCAUUAUCUUGUGAUCCUUUCGUCCUUGGUUCACACACAGCCGGAAAAGUCAGUCAAGGUUAUCCUCUGCUUUUUGGCAAACACAGCCCCUUUGACAGAUUGAUCUGGGUUUUUACAAGUGGCCCACGCUAUUUUUAUGCUUCUCCAAAACCUGGAACUCUUCAUUAGUCAGAGCUUGUGGUCAUUACUUCACAUAUCACACCUCUGUUCUUGAGGUGUGUUUUGUUGUGCUCUGUGGCCAUGGCUGCUGUCGUUUAAUCUCACUUAGAUCAGUUCAGUCUUUUAGUGGGGCAAAAAGGCGUCAUUAGUUUACAUAUAGAUACAGUAACCUCUGGUUCUGCUGUAUGGUGAAUUAGCACUUAUCAUGGACUGCACUUACGGUGGAUAUGUGAUGCAUUUGUGGGAGUUAAAUGUGGAAGUUUGUGGAGAUAGACCACCCAGCUGCACUUUACUCUCUAUAAUUAUUUUGCCAUUAGGUGCUGGCAUGCAGGGGCUUAGGGGCUUGAAUAAGGAUCAGGAUCCCGAAGGAUGUGUGGGAGGCGCUAUGUGGCAGCCUGUCCCUGUGCAGUGCAUCCUCUCUAUGGCAGAUAGACUGGAGUGAUGAGAGUCCAUCACUUCAUGGGCAUCCCUCUCAGCCAAGCAUGUGCUGGCUGCUGGUCAUGAAACACCACCACAAAUUCCCUCCACUGUAUUUCUUUCCCUUCCUCCCUUCAGAUGGUCUCUGGGGAAAAGUGAAAGGAGGAGGGACGAGGGGGAGAGCGCAACAUCUGCAAUUGUAGAAAACGCACUUUUGUGGCUCAGGUUUCAUGUGUUUCUAUGGAAAAUUAGAGUGCUGCCAGGGGAGGCACUGGGGAUGUGUGAUUUGUGAUUAGUUUUUCGGAGAGUUUUUCCAGUCGUCUCUGAUAGUCAAUGGAGAAUAUUAGGAUGGCUGAGCACAUCCUGAAAAGUUACAAAAAACAAACGUGAAAGAUUGUUGGGGACUUUGCGUUGGUUCUUGGUAUUGUUGCUUUUGUGUUUGCCUCCUCAAACCUUCCUAUAAUAGUGUAAGAAAUCAACACCAUCUGGACAAAAUAUGUCUGUACUUCAGCACUAACACACCUUGUUCCUGUUAUUAUGCAUCAGAGAAAAUCAAAAUAAAGAAAAUCUGGGGAAAUUCUUUGUGUAAACAAAAGCAAGCAUGCCAUGCUACUUAUUUUCAGUCUCCAUAUCCAUUACCUCCACCUUUGUUCCUUACACUGUUGUUUUCAUUAAUCCACAGAGCUUGGUUCACCUAGAGACUUGGUAACAAGUGAUGUCACAGAGAACAGUUUCGCCGUUUCUUGGACAGCAGCCCCGGGUAACGUACGUCAGUACCGGAUCAAGUGGAAGUCCCUUUAUUCUGACGAGGAGGGAGAAAAGACAAUCCCAGGAGACACCACAGCCACGGUUCUGGAUGGCCUCACCCCAGAGACACGCUAUCAGGUCUCUGUGUUUGCUGCCUAUGGCCAUGGAGAGGGUCAGCCACUGAAUGGAGAGGAAACCACAGAUGGUGAGUUACUGUAGCUGCUUAAAAUUUUACUCUGCAAUCCUGUGCAAAAGAUAUAAAUUCUGUCCUUGUGUUGUAUGACCUCUAAGGGACACUGCACUUUUUGUGGGUGUGCAACUCUUGAGAAAACCAUCAUUAAUGCCAAGAAUGCAGGCCUAGCUAUUCCUGUAAUAAACACAAAUCAGCCCUUAAAGUUUCAACUGCCCAUUAAGUUAGAGAAACAAAUUUAGGAGGUCAUCACUGAGAAAUAUGGGCUAGUGAUUCAGGCUGGAAACCGAUCCAGGAAACACAGUUUAGCUUAAGAAUAGAGAUCUUCCUUUUUUCGUACAUUCUGUUGAGCUAAAAUAAAACGUCAUUUCUGUUGGUAUCCGCCAAGCCACAAUAAGAAUAUAGUCUUUGCGUGCGGAUCUUUAAGACUGUUGUAUCCGAGGUGACGUAAUGUCCGACACACCUGCACUAGAUUCUCAUGGGAGAUUAAGGGCAGAUAGAUGCCGGCCUCUCUCUUGUGAGACGGCACCCAUGCUUAGAUGAGAAAAGCACAUUGUGUGGAAACUUGUACCAGUUGGGAGGGAACUGGUUAGUAAAAUGGAAUGCACCCAAGGGAAUAUAUUUCUAACAUUAUUAGUGUUUAUCACUUCUGGCAAGCAGCAUAUAUGCCACAAACAUGAGACAGCUUUGUGGACUCAGUUCUCAUUCCUUCCUUAACUGUCCUCCUGCUGUCUGUUGUUCCCUUUGCGUGCACUCUACACAAAUGGCAGGUCUCUUUGAGCUGAGCCACACACGGCAAACUUGGACGUAAUGUUUUUUUCCGUUAAUAAAAGUUCUCUCAAGCAUUCUGAAUAUUUUCCUCUGCUCAUUUUGAGGCAUCUGACAGUUCUCACAUGCCCUUCCUGCCCUGAAAAUCAAACUCUAUUGACACACAAUGGAAAAAUAAAAAGUAUGGCUUUGCUCAAAUUCAGGAGACUUCAGACUUCCAAGUCUGGCUUCCUGACCGACCAACCAAACAUGAUCAAUCAUGUAAACUUGGGCCUGCUUAAUGUAUGCCUCUGUAAAAUUGAAAUAUUUAGGUAGGUUUGUAUCCACAGGCAUGUGGAAACUGAGCAGAUAUCUGGAUAAAAGACUUUGAGGUCACUGAGCGUGAAAUUGUUUAGUUUACUUACCAGUAGGAAAGCUAUGCUGCUUAUAUUUCCAGUGGUAUAUUGGAAACAUAGGCGCCUAAGCACACAUUUAGAGCACAUUGCCAUCUGAACGAGGUCCAAAAUCGACAUUUUCCUCAGACUAUUCAUUCAUCAUUUUUUUCUCUUUUAACGUUUGUUGUUCUUUCCUUCCUUGCAGUCUCGGCAGCUGGCAGAACAAUUGUUGUCUCGGAGGAGACAGAGAAGAGCAUGAAGGUGACAUGGCAACCAGCACCUGGAAAUGUAGUCAACUACCGUGUUACAUACAAACCAAAAGAAGGAGGGCGACAGCUAGCAACCAAAGUGCCUGGUGGCACAACUUCCACUGUACUGAGACGCCUCACCCCCCUCACCACCUACGAGAUCACAGUUUUGCCUGUGUACCGCUCUGGAGAAGGCAAAGUUAGGCAGGGAGAAGGAACCACACGUACGUUUGAUUAUUAUGCAAUACAUCACAAAUGUUGCUCUUUCUGUUGCCAAGUUUAGACAAGCUGUAUUUAUAUGUGGCAGACUCAAUUAAAACUACUCAUCCUAAUCCUAAGUCUAUUUUCUUGUCUCCUUAGUGACACCCUACAAAGGCCCCAGAAACCUGCAGACUUCAGAACCUUCAAAGACCAGUUUCCGUGUAACCUGGGACCAUGCUCCUGGUGAUGUGAAGGGAUACAAAGUCACUUUCCACCCAAUUGGUGAAGAAGUUGACCUUGGACAACUUCUGGUUGGUCCAUAUGACAACACUGUGGUGCUAGAGGAGCUGAGGUGUGUCUUCUGGCUGGCUUAUACUUCCAUAACUCUGCUCUGUUAUUGAUUAAGAUGAAGCUGAAAAUGUUUUUUUUCUUCGGUUGACAGAGCUGGAACCAAAUACAGUGUGAAUGUGUUUGGUGUAUUUGAUGGAGGAGAGAGUAUGCCGUUGGCUGGAGAGGAAAAAACAACACUUUCUGAUGAUCCUGACCCUCCUUUUUAUGUACCAACAGGUAAAUUGAACAAAUAUUCAACUAAAACCAAUAUUUAUAACUGAAAAUAUAUGAUAUACAAUCCAAGAAAUGUUUUCGUCAUACUUCCUAUGACUGUUAUCACAGCUAUGGCAAUGUCUCUACUUUGUUAUGUCUCUGGGGAGCAACAGUCAAAACACUGAGUCUGUAUCACAUCGUGAAUAUCUACUUAGGAAUAUACAAUGUAAACUCAUGCCCCAUAAAAGUUGACAAGUUUCUUUAAAUGCCUUUCCUCAAAGCUAAUUGUUUAACAAAAAUAACAGAUGUAAUUGCUAUACCAGCUGCCUUCCCUUUUCUUACGUUCUUCAUUGUGUCACUUUAGGCUUCUGCUUUUAUUUCCACUCAAAGUCCAGCCAGUGUAGAUUUUAGCCACACACUUCUAAUGCAUUUGUAGUUAUAAAGUGUUUUUACUACUUUGUGAGUCAGAGCACAGCAGGCAGCAAGUGUGAGAAGAGGAAAAAAUGUUGUGUUUUUUGGAAGUAACUGUAAAGGUCAGCUUGACCACUCAGCUGCAGGUCUGGCCCUAAUAAGGAGGCAGAUUCAGCAGCUUCAGAAGAUAAAAGAGAAGAGGUGAGAGUGUGUUACCCUCCCCUGUGCUGUCUACUGACUCCAGGCUAGUCAUCAAGAAGACUAAUGAAACUUAAAAGCUAAGAAAAAAAUGUUUCUGGCCAAGACUGAGUCAUAUUCUGUUAUCUUGUCUUGUUUUACUAAAAACAGAGCAUAAUUUGGUAUUAUUCACUAAUUUAUCUUUAUCCUAAAAAACAAAAACACAAGUUUCUAUUUUAUUAUUCUUCCUUUUAUGCUGAUGCAGCUCUUUCAGGCCUGCCUGUUUGUGUGCAUUUUUCUGUUCAUCUGUGCACUUUCAUUGAAGUCUCUUCCAUCUGGCAGCGGGAGUGGUACCUUGACAGCUGGCUGUCUGUCAUGGGGGUGGGGAUUUUAGUUUUCUCUGUAAGCAAACAAUCUGUAAAUCAAACAUGUUAACCUGUUUUCAGUUGCAGACAGUGGCACUUAGUGCAACAUCUGCCUUUCUCUGGUGCACAUCUGCAGUCCUCUUUCAGGUGCCGUGGAUCAGAGGCUUUCCUUGUCAUCACACACUUGUUUGGACUAACAGGAUCUGAAUAAUACCUUGCAUCUCUGGAGGGCACAUUUAUUUCUCCUGUGGUGGCCUUUGAUAUGUCACAGACCAUUAAGAGAGUGCACAUCUGAUUUGCCCCUGGGAUUCGUUCAUCACAGAAAGCAUAGCUGCCUCGACAUGCUACAAGACGAGAAAAUGAUAUUACAACCAGAGGAAGACAAAUGUUCUCCAAUAAAGAAAUCAUGCCCUCCUUUAUGUUUGGUGUUUUACUUAAUGCCCUGUGAUCUUGCUCAGUGUGUUUUCAAUGUCAACAAACUCUUGCCUUUUUCUUUCCUUCACCUUUCCCAACUUUUUGUGCACUCCUAUAAUCAUUACAGUCCACACACACACACAAACACACACACUCACACUCACACAUUGCACAUGAUUCAAUAUGUAUUUAACUGUAAAUAAUCCAUUUUGUGCUGGUAAGACUCUGACAUUUUGCCGUCACAGAUGUACAGUGUAAAACCACUGCACAGGCUGACAUUGUGCUGCUGGUGGACGGGUCCUGGAGUAUUGGACGUCUGAACUUCAAGACCAUUCGUGCCUUCAUCGCCCGGAUGGUUGGAGUCUUUGACAUCGGCCCUGAUAGGGUCCAGAUUGGUGGGUCUAAUCAAAAUAUGGACAAAUAUUGUCAAUCCAUGUACACAGUUAAAAACUUUAAAAAAAAUCUCUGUACUGAUCAAACAAAUAUUUUUCUUUUCCUUAAGGUCUUGCCCAGUACAGUGGAGACCCAAAGACUGAAUGGCACUUAAACGUUCAUCGAACCCGGGAGUCUCUUUUGGACGCUGUGGCUAGCCUUCCAUACAAAGGAGGAAACACCCUGACUGGUAAAUGUUUCUCUUUAUUCAGGAAUAGCUUCCAUUCCAGUUGUUAAAGCACAGUAAUAAAUUUGACAUUUUGUGUUUAUGUUUUCAUCUCUGCAGGUUUGGCUUUGAACUACAUCCUCCAGAACAAUUUCAAAGAGAAUGUUGGGAUGCGACCCAGUGCCAGGAAGAUCGGAGUUUUGGUCACUGAUGGCAAAUCCCAGGAUGAUGUCAUCGUUAACUCUCAGGCUUUGCGUGACGAUGGCAUUGAGCUGUAUGCCAUUGGUAAGCUGUCACAAGUUUAGCUGUCUUCAUACUUAACGAACGGUGUGAGGUAAAAACUAUAAAUGACAUAUUUCUUUUUAGGUGUGAAGAAUGCUGAUGAGAACGAGUUGAGGUCCAUCGCCACUGAUCCAGAUGAUAUCCAUAUGUACAAUGUGGCGGACUUCUCCUUCCUGUUGGACAUUGUUGACGGCCUCACUGAGAACCUCUGUAACAGUGUCAAGGGUCCAGGUACUCAAGAGUUUCCAUUCAAAUACACAUGGAGCUGACUGAUCAAAGUAAAAGUAUGGUUGCAUUGAAUGUAGGGACAGAUUCCCUCUUUUUUACUAUUUCCUUAAUUUCAGUCUAAACUUUUUGCGUAGCAUCCCAGACCCAUAGAAAGAGUUGCACAUCUGACCAACUUUAGAAAGCAGCUCUGGAAAAAAAAUAACAAACCAAGCUCUUGGAAAUGAUUGUAGACCUAUUAUUUCCUCUUCCUCAGCCUCCCUGGAGUAAAAAAUCAUCUGCUCCCUAAUUAAAUUAAAGAUCUGCUAUUGGAAACUGUAGGGAGACUCCUUAGGGAGGAUGUGGCUUUAAAUCCUCAAUUAGUACUGUGGUUUUUGCAAAGUUCUAUUAGGACAUCAUUAGUAAACAGGAUGACUUUCAUCUGUGGCUACAUCUUGUUUUUACCAGCUCAUUUGUACAUAAUUCCAAAUUAUAAAUGACCAUAAAAUUAUGAUCUUUGUUUCUUACAUAAUCCUUUUUAAACCAGCGCCUGCUUUUGCACUGAUGUGAGAAAGUAAUGGAGAAUUUUCACCGACAGUGUCAAAGGUUCAAUGCGACAGCCUCUAUUAAAGGUUUGUCCCUUUUUCAAAAUGUCUGAAUAGGUGGUGCACCUGAUGCUCCCACUAACCUGAUAACAUCAGAGGUGACACAUGAGUCCUUCAGAGCAACCUGGACUGGUCCCGAAGGCCCGGUGGAGAAGUACCGUGUUGAAUACAUGACCGUGUCAGGAACCCCACAACAGGUACUCUACACAAUCAUGCUGCACAGACUGACAGUCCUGUUAAUACAGUCUGUAAUGAAAUUGUAUAAAGUGUGUGUAGAAUCUCCCUUUGUGGAUGUUCACGUUUUGCUUGGCUAUGAUGGGAUCUGACCCUCUGUUUUUUUAAGUAAUGGGAAGCUCCACUCAGGCCUCUAUUUCCAGCCCCCUGUUUGUUUUGGCCUCUCAUUGUUUAGGUGUCUAAUUACAUUACGAUCCCACACAGGGAAAAGAAACUAAAACACACUGCUCUCCGUUUAGAGGAUUAGAAAGCAAAUAACGACUCUGUGAUAGCAAUAUUGGCAAGCAGAGUUUUGGCUCCACAAUAUGUGGACUAGAUGCAUUUUUGAUGUCUGAAUCUUAUUAUGAGGACAAAGAUGUUUGCUUUUGUCAAGCUCCCAUGGUUUUGUUAAAUAUUGAACAAAGUCAGGGUUUUUAUUAUUGUUUAUGGACCUAGAAUUGAAACACAUGCAGAGUUUGCGAGAGGGAUUUGUGAGUUUAAUUGGAAAACUUUACAAAAUGCUGAAGUCAAUCCUGUAACUAGAUAAAGCUUAUGCUUGUUAUUCCUCUAAAUUGAUCAAUUUUGAUCAGGAACUAUCUACAGGCACUUGAUCCAACAAAAACUCCCAGUGAAAACAUUGCAAAUAUACUUCAGAGUCUAACAGAUGACUUCUUUUGCUGAAAAUUUCACUUCCUCUCUGCUCUAGGUGUUUGUUGAUGGGACAGAAACCACAACUGUUCUCCAGGGCCUCAAUCCCCUAACAAAGUAUCUGGUCAACGUCUACGCCGUGGUGGGAGAGGACAGCAGUGAGCCUCUGGAUGGAACUGAGACCACAUGUAUGUCUCCUCUUCUGCUUGGCUUCUGGCAAAUAACAUCAGAUUUAAAAAAUUCAUGAAUGGUAGAAGUUGUGAGUGGGAAAGUAAAGCGUUUUAAUUAUGUUUUCCGCCUCUGAUCUUAUCAUAGAUAUAAUGAUUUCAUGUUGUUCACUCGAUCACAUUUAGGCAAUCUAGAUGACUUGGGUAUUAACUCCAGACAAAAUAACUUUUUAGCUUUUAUUUUGAUGAAGGCCCUUUGUCCUUGUGAUUACUACAUUGCCAUAAUUUAUCAUGCCAUCAAUGGCUAUAAACAAUGUAUCAAUCAAAUGAAAUCAAUCAAAUUUUAUUUAUAUAGUGCCAAAUCACAACAGUCAUUAUCCCAAGACCCUUUCCAAAAAAGAGCCGGUCUAGACCACACUCAUUUCGUAUAUCGUAUAUCUUCGUUUGUUAUCAAUGUGGCUGCAAAAUGAUAGCAAGAACAAGUUUUAAAUAGGCACAAUUUGAUGGCAACCUUGAUUACACUGGCCUCAAAUGUAAAUUUGAGGUCUUUCUUUGGUUCUCUUGAGAUGUUGUUAAUUGCCAGGGCUCUCUAGAGUAGUAACGCUUAUAUAAAGCAGUGCUGCUUGUUUAGAUUGUGAAGAGUGAAUACAAAAGGCUCAAAAACAUCUUUUUGCAUUGAAAGCAACAUUUAAAAAUACACCGUUUUUAAAUUGCCAGUAACAUUAUUGUCUGUCGUUGUCAAGUGCCCCUACCUGGAGUGAGAAGCAUGGACAUUUAUGAUGAGCAGACCACUACCAUGCGGGUGAGAUGGGAGAGGGCACCAGGUGCAACUGGCUACAUGUUGCUCUACAGUGCCGUCAAUGCCACUCAGCCCACCGUUGAGCAGGAGGUAAGAUUUGGGUUUACAUGUGUUUAUUGGUGGACAUGAUCACAUGUCUCGAUCCAUCCACGUGUACCAAACAUAUUGCUGAGUGCAGGAAGAAGCUGAACACUCCAGCACGCUUUCAGCAGUUCGUGAAAAAAUUGAGAUGUCACAGAACAAGAAAAGACACUGGACAAAGCCGCCAGUGUUUUCUUCAACAUUCAGCACAUACGGCAAAAGGGAAAACAUAGAGGAUCUUUGUUAGCCACAGAGGGAGUGGGUGAACCAUGAGCUCAGCCUGCCAAGGGAACAUCAUCAUUUGUUUAUGAUGUGUCAAACCCAGUGGGUCAAACCGGAAUAGGCAGAUGUGCUGCAACCAAAAUAUUUCUCCCACUGCUCCUAACCGAAUGUCUGUCUUCCUCACUGAGGAUUCCUCAUCAGCUCCAUCGCAUCUGACUUUCGUUUUUUUCUCUGAUCUGGUCCCUUUGCAGGUCAGAGUUGGCGGAGAUAAAACCGAUGUCCAGCUGGUGAAGUUAAUCCCGAACACAGCCUACAGCCUGUCCCUGUUUGCCCUGCAUGGAGAGUCAGCAAGUGAACCACUGACCCAGCAGGGAGUCACACGUAUGUAGUCCAUGAAUCACAAGUAGAUUUUGUUAAACAUGUAUACCAUUAAGCAGACACUGUGGAUUUAAAAUUAUCUUUCAAAAUACACAACUAUGAUUUUGUCACAAAGCUAACUCUUACCUUUCCUUGUUUUAGUGCCCCUUCCACCUGCAGGUGAGCUGAGGGUUCGAGAUAUCACCCACAGCACCAUGAAGCUCAAUUGGGAUGCUGCUCCUGGUGCUGUUCGCAAGUACCUUGUCACCUACAAGCCUGAGGAGGGAGAGGCAAAGGAAGUAAGUUUGGUUUCAAACUAGGGCUGAUAUCGGUACGAUAUCAGCAAAAAAAAAAAAAAAGUUACUAACAAAGUAGAAAGGAGUAAGAGUGAUGUUGGCUUUGUGGAAUCAAUAUUGGUAUUGGUCAAUAUUGAAGGCUUCAAUACCCAUAUCAUAUUGGAUGUCUAAAAGCUGUAUCGGGACAACCUUAUUUCAAACACCCUCCUCUCUGGCAUUACUGAAACAGUAGAAUACAUGUAAACAAAAUAUCAGCAGUAUGUGCUUUUAUCUGCACCAAUCUGAUUGUUUUCACCUACCAACUUUCAUUGCCUAGUGUCUGUUGUAGUCAUUAGAUUUGAUGGUGAUGAAUUUAUAUCAGUAUUUCAGACUGAUCUCUCAAUAUAUUGGCUCAGACCUUAAAAUGGAAACUGCAGCAGGCUGGCUGGACAUCAGGGAAUGUUUUGGAGUCUUAUGAAAGGUUACGAAACCCAUCGGAACACAGUUUUGCAGGGAUUAAAGUAGAGUUUUGUUACCGGGAUUGGACAAAUACUUUAUAGUUGCCUGUCCCGUUUUGGGAGUUCUUGGGCUACAGCAGCAAACUUUGUGGUUCACCUUUGCUACUUCCUUUGCCAUAAAUCACAUUGAGGCGAUCCUUAAAGCUCCUCUGAUGGAAUUGCACAUGUGAAGCUAGCUUCAUGGGCCAAGUUGUGGAUGUUGGAAACCUAAUGUGUGGGAAGAGGGAGCUUGCUACCUAGAAAGCAGUAGGAUGUCAUGUCUAACCUUAUGGAUUAUGUGAUUGAACCCAACAGGCAAUAUUAAAUCCCACUCAACAGGGAAGGCAUAUUCCCACAUUUAUUCCAGGUGAAGUUUCAUGCAUAAAGACAAAUAAACUGUCUUUUGAGAGUUUUAACUCAAACUGAAAGGCUGAAGAUCUGGCAAACACAUGGAACUGUUCAAGCUAAUGAGUGUUCUGAUGAAUCCCUUAAUUACAAUUCCUCGAAAUUGAGCUAAUAAAAGUUGAUGCGCAGUAAACCCAGUGGGGGGGUUUCAGACGAGUACUCCAGGUGUUUGGCCAUAACAUGCUUCACUUUGUUGUUUGUUGUGAUUCUUGUUUAUUCCCAUUUUCUUCUGGAAACAAGCUGUUUUAUGCCUUGAAGUCAAGUUUCCUACUAGUCUUAUUAGAACCAUGUUCCUGCUUUCACCAGUUUUCCUAGGAAUACGUGUGGUGACCAGAAUAAACAUAUCACAAGACUUUGCAAAAGAGAGAAAGAUCCUAAGAUCGCUAAACUUAUGUGAAUUUUUUUGACAUGAUUUGCAAAGCCCUGUGUUCUGAAGUAAGAUUUUGUGUAAUGGUCCUCAACAAGUUUUCUUUCUCACAGCUGGAAGUUGGAGGAAGUGUGACCACCAGAGUAUUGGACAAUUUGAUCUCACAAACUGAGUAUGCCCUAGCUGUUACUCCCAUCUAUGAUGAAGGACCUGGCCAGACCAUGUUAGGAGAGGGAAUCACAGGUAAGCAUGGGAGUUGUUGUUUUUUUUUUUUGUGACUAUCUGAAUCGCCUUGUUUGUAAGAUUCUAACUCUUCCCUUCUGUAUUCUGCAGAUGUGGUUCCUGCUCCAAAGAACCUUCAAUUUUCAGAAGUUACCCAGACCAGCUUUAGAGCAACGUGGGAGCACGGAGCACCUGACGUGGCCUUGUACCGCAUUGGCUGGACGAAGAAGGGAGAGUCCAACUUCCAAUACGUAAGAGAAAAGCAGCUGUCCGAGAUGUUUGCGUUUCUCAUAAUUCAUGAGAGUAUUUCUUGAUCAGUUCCACAGAAAUUGAUAUGGCUUCACUUUGAAAAAUUCCUCAUGAGAAAACAGUGGGAACAUUUAGAAAACAGAUAUGUGCACCAAUCCAGUUAUAAUAAUCCCAAUAUGGAUCCAGUACUGCUUGUUUGGUUUGUUUUGGAUAAAGUCUUUGUCAAAUGCCUUUCCUCAUGCUGUGUUUGUUUUCCUCAUCAGGCCAUCCUGAACAAUGAUGAGACAACCCAUGUCCUGGAGAACUUGGAGCCAGACACUCCCUAUGAUGUGUCUGUCACUGCAAUCUAUCCAGAUGAAUCAGAGAGCGAGGAUCUGCUGGGCACAGAGAGGACAUGUAAGAUACAACACCCCCGGGGGUCCUGUCAGAAUCAAUACACAAUGACUUUAGUUGACUCUGUUCUGCUUAAGCUGCUUGGUGGAUAUGUUGUUGUUGUUGUUGUUGUUAAUUUACCAGUGAUGAAACUCUGGUCUUACCUUCUGGAAAUACCCGGAGUGAAACUUUAAACAAAGGGUAUGCCCAUUAUACCUUUUUAUUUUUGCCUCUGUAGUGUCCAAGCAAGGGGAUGGUAGGCCGGGUAAGUAUAUUUGUGGUAAAACAUGAGGAUGCUUUUUAUUUCAGUUGCUGAAAGCAUGUUUUGUUAAUUCAACCAUUGGAAAACCAUCACUUCAUCAUCAAGCAAGGCCUUUAACCCAUCCAUCGCUCCAAUGGUGCUCGACUGCAGCUGAUACAGCCAAUGUUAUUAUGUGUUUGUCUAUGUCUCUGUGUGUCCCAUUUUUCCAUGCCAAUCAUCCCAUGGCUGUUUCUAAAUGUCUCCAUUUUCACUCAGUCAAAUGUCAGUGGCUUAAGAUGGAUGUCAACGAUGCAUGCCCUUGCAAAACAGGGAUUUGAAUCCUUUCUUUCAAAGCCCAUUUCAUCAUCAUCCAUCAUCCAUCCAUCCUCUAUUCAUCCAUCAACUCUCCAUCACAUUCAUCCAUGCAUUUAUCAGUCCAUCCAUUUUUCUUUUCAUCAGUCCAUUGCUGUUCAAAGGAAUCCAUCGCUUCAUCGGAAAAGACCGAAUCCCAGACAUGGAUUGUCUUUUCUCAUUUAAAGCUGCAAUCCUUGAAACUAAUCAGUGGCAGACUUUUGGGUAGCUGUUUUAUGACACAAAAUUAAUCAGGUGCACUGAAUGAUGAAGUCAAUUGCCUGAUAUUUUGACAACAAAAUUAGUCUUUCAAGGCUAAUUUUUACUCUGAACUGCCCAAGAUAUCAAGGAAUGUGUCUUUAAAGGAUGUUUGUAAGCUCAUGGAAAAAGUGCUUGAACAUGUUUGAUGGAGAAAUGCUGUGACGUGAUUGUAACUGCGAUAUGUGUGCAUGCAUUCUCCAGUGCUUCAGGGACCUCCCACCAACUUGGUUGUGUUCAAUGAAACCACCACCACCCUGAAUGCCAGGUGGGAACCAGCGCCAGGUCGUGUCCAAAACUACAGGAUCACUUAUGUUCCCACAGCUGGAGGAAAGAGCCAGACUGUAAGUUAUACGACAGAUUAACUCUCAACUCUCUCAACACACACACUCUGUGGACAUUCUGCUUUGUAAGAAGAGAUAUUGUUGUUGUUCGGUCAUAGAGCUAAAAUGACCGAACAAGGCAAACUAAAAUAGAGAUUUAACUCAAUGCUAGAUUUGCAUCUUCUCACAGAGAUUUGGACAUAUUAUACAGAUUUGGAAAAUAGAAAUCUCUCUAUAGCUGAAAUCCUUUAAGUGUUGUAAAAUCAUUUCAUUAGUUCAGACAGGCCACCAAUCAAGCUCAGCCCACGGUACAUCAGCUGAUCCCAAUGCUGCCCAUAUCAGCUGACAGCUCAGCUGAUUACCUUCUACACAAAAUACGGAUUCUAUCUUUACUGCUUCAGUCUGUCUUAACUUGAUGCUUCCUCUGCAAUGUACUUUGCAAUCCACCUCCAACAUAGCUCCUCCUUUUCAUGGUUUCUGAUUUGACCAGUGUUGUCAUUGAUACAUUGUCACUGAUGCCCACCCUGUUCUUUGCUGAUGCUCAUCAUGCUUUUCCUUUUUUACAUUAUGCAGAGGAAAAAACUUUCCUGACUGCAGUUUUGAAGAUUGCAGAGGGCUCUCAAAUUAGAGGCAUGCAACUACUGCAUUAAAAAUAACUGUUUAUUUUGGGCUGAAUUUCAUUUGAUGUCAAAUUUCUCAGUCUGUUGUUUUGAUAUUGCAGCACUAAUAUAGACAAACCCUCUCUAGUAUUUUCUAAUAUCACCCAAGUCUGGAAAAAUCUAUCGCCGGUUAGAGGUUCUUGGCUGCCAGACUGAAGUGGAAAGUCUUUUUGAAAGUUAUGGAAAAGUUUGAUUCAGUUUUCUGUCAGACCUGUCUCUUUGAUUCUCUAAGUGAGACUAAAAAGCCCUUAAGUAUGGUUAAUUGUGUUUAUGCACAUGUUUAUACAAAAUACUUCACAUUGAUAACUACACCGAUAAGCCAUGUGAAUCAGUAAAUGUCCCAGCCAACUUUGGGAGAAAUAUUUCAUCCCAGCCACUUGGCAUUUAUUGGCUGUGAAGAGUUUCUCUAAACAGAUGGAAUGAAAUGUCAUAAAACGUUCAUAUGACAGAUUUUAGGAGCUGAUAAUUUAACAGCUAAGAAGACAGUAAACAGAUACACCAAAGACUGAACAUUUAUCUCUGCUGUGUUUUGAUGGUUUCCAGACAGCCUGUGCUAUUUUGCUCAGAACAGAGCAGAUAGGUUCUCUGAUCCUGCUGUUAGUUCACUCUUUUUCACCUACUUUGAUAAAGCCCAGGCAAGAUUUGUCAUACUUGAAAUGCAGCUAAAGCAAAUUUACAUCUUUGUUAUUUACUCUGUCUAAAGUUCUUCAUAAACUCAGCUCAGAUAGAGUUAAAUUGGCUGACCAUUAGCGUAAAAUAUAAUGCCUUACUCUCAUGCUUGAUGAUAUGUAGUUGUGCUGAUUGACAGUGGGAUAUCACACCGAGAGGCCGAUGGAAAACUGGAAGCUAACAAGCUUGCAUCAGCCAACUAGUCUGGAUCCCCAAUCAGAAUUUCAGUGCAUAAAGCUUGUCCAGGGAGGUUUGCAUUAUUUAGUCUGGCUGUUUGGGAACUGUCUGACACUCUGUUUUAAACUAGUGUGAAAAACAAGUGCAGUGCCAAAUAUUAAAGCAUACAGUCUGCUUGUUUUUGUUGGAAGACUAAUCUACUUAGUUUUAGACACAGAUUUGUACAGGGACAAAUAAACCCUCCUGGGACUUCAACAGACAUAAAAGCUCAGGUGUAUACAUUAUCACAAACAAAUCCUCAUUCUCUCCUAGCUCAGAGUUCCUGUUUGUCCCCAAGGUUUGGCUUGGAAUAAUGUCAUAAAUUCAUCUCCAGUCCAGACAUCCGACUGUAUCUCCCAUCAGCGACAGAUUUAUCUUGGCCAGAGCGCAGAGUAUUUUGUCCAGAACACUCAAAACAUUCUUCCUCUGAAGUGUUUACAGACCAGUAUUUUUCAGGUGGAAUUCUUUCCAUCAAGUUAUUCAUAUCAAUUUAUGGCACACAUGGAGAGUUGUAAAAACUCUUUAUCCCUUUCUUGAGACCGUUCAAAUAUCUUCCCACUCAGUGCAUAGCUACUCAAGGUUGUUUGAAACCAUAGCAAGACAGAUGUACAAAUAUACGAAGAGGAUAAACAGGACACUUGGCUUUUAUAUCGAACAACCGAGCAAGGCUCAUUUUUAAGUGGCUGAUUUUGUUUCAUCGUCUUCCAAACUUGGGAUAUCCUUUUAUGAUAAUGAAGAUAAUACUUGCUUUUGUUCAAAUAGACCCAGGUAGGAGGAAAGAAAACCACUGUCCUUCUUCCUAAACUGACCCCUGACACUGAGUACGACAUCACUGUGGUGGCGGUUUAUGCCAGAGGAGUCAGCAUGGAGCUGAAUGGUGCUGGAAAGACCAGUAAGUGUGCUCACUUUUGUUGCUUCUGAAUGGCAAGUUAUACCUUUUUAGGAAAUGUGCAGCAUUCCCUAAUGUGCUAUUAUCAUAUCUCAGAGCCUUUGGGUGGCGUUAGAAACCUGCGUGUCACUGAUCCCACUACCAGCACCCUGAAUGUUCAGUGGGAACCUGCUGAAGGAAAUGUGCGUCAGUACAGGAUCUUCUAUGUCCCUGCAGCCGGAGGAGAAGAAGAGAUGGUAAGCUAGCAAACAGAGCCUUAGGGCAUGUUAAUAUCUUCAAUUUUAUCCUAGUAAUUUGCCUAAUUUUCAGCUGCCAGAGCACCAACUUAAGCAUGUUUUGUUUUACUCUAUCAAGGUUCAGGUGUCAGGCAGCACCUACAACACUGUGCUGAAGAACCUGCAGUCUGAUACUGUCUACACUGUAACCGUGGUUCCUGUCUACGCUGCAGGAGAGGGUCAACGCAUGUCUGAGAACGGCAAAACAUGUAAGCACUGCAUGCAUGUAAUAUCUGGAUAAAGUCUCAUGUUGUAAUGGUGAAUCAUACAGGGAUGUUAGGGGGGGAAACUAGCAUGUUUGAAAGACUGCUUUAAAUGUUUAGAAGAGCUCAUGCAAACUGAGAAAAGGAACUCAAAGAAUGACAUACUGUAUGACGACUAGGGGAUUUUUUUCCUACUUAGAGUCAAUUCAUGCCUGUCCAGAGUGAACUUAUUGGCCUUCGUUAUUGGCUUGUGGUUUCUGUCUGUCAGGAGUCUUCAGUGAAGCGGUCAUUUAUGACUGAUUUGUUUCAAAAUAACUUCCAAACUCUUUCAAAACCUGCACGUUAAUCCUAAAUGAUCAAAUGUCGUGGGCUUCUCAAAAGUUAAAUAAAUGAAGAUUAGGCAGCAUGUUCUUUUGGCAAAUGGACAUUUCACCUAUGCCAUACAUGUUACAAAUGUUACUUAAAAUGUAACCAAAAAUCAUAGUUUUAAACUCUGUCGGCUCAGUUUGAAAAGACUUUCCAGUUUCUCCCACAAUUUCAAACCACCAAUCUGGGCUGGGAAUGAGUCAGCGUUUUGUGGAGCGAUUGCGUAGGAAGGAAUUCCUCAGGGUUGGCAGAAUCAUAAUGGUGUCUCCUCUUCCUUUACUGUAAUAUUGUCCAUUUAUAGUUUGGAAUGAAGGGUAGUGGUCAGGAUAAUGCUGGGUUUGGGGAAUGGGGGGAGGGGGGUUAUUGAGUAAUUGGCUCUCCUUUGGGAAAAAGAAACACAAGGGGGUUAGAAAUGAAUGGAGAGCAUUAUACAUUUUAUGGCUCUCAACUCACUUGGCUAAGGUCACGCUCCAUUCCCACCGCUGUUACCCCUAUUUUCCUUUUUGUAGCAGUGGACACUCAUGUUCUGUGGCUUGUUCUUAGACAUGUUAACCAAACUUUGUACAGUAUGUACAGUAAUCCAGCUACCAAACCCUUUACUGCCUACUUACUAGCAUGGCUGCCUCUGUGGAUGGUGUCAUCUCCGGUCAAACUGAAGUCGCUCAUUCAUUCCCUACGGUUCAUCCAAUUUAAGGAAGAACAGCGCCUGCUUAUUUUUCUAACCACGGACUGUUAAUUGUGCCUUAAAAUUCAAACAGCUUUUUCGGCAAAAAGGCUUUGGUGUGUGAAACUUUAAAGUACGGAAGCUCUCUUAGUGUGUUUAGCCCAGUGUGUUUUUCCCUUGCAUUUAUUGGGUUAUUAAGAGGAGCAGCACAAAGCAUCUAAACAUCUGCUUUGGUUUUUUAAGAAGGCGAGUUUCACACAAGUGCUACACAUACGCCUUGUAUAUCCUUUUCAUUAACCUUUAGGGCACUGACAGGAAGUGUCCUGGUGAUAGCAGUAUUGUUAAAUACUGUCUUAAACGUGUCUGUGUUGGUUGCUAGGCAGCAUUGUUCCCAUUUUAUUGAAAUGUUCUCAUGUGGGCUCUGAGCUCUUCUUCCCUUAAAGCUGGUCUGGAUUGUGUUAUGUUAAAUGAGACAAAAGGAAGAUGGUAACACCACAAGUGAGGAGAUUUUAAAAUGCAUCAUUUAAACACUUGCAAACAACCUCCAUAAAACUAGAGCGGGUAAAACUUGAAACUACUGAAACCCAAAUACCAGCAGAAACAAACUACAUGUGUUUGUGGAGAGCUCUUACAGUUGUUGUUGAGUAAUUGAUGGUGUUAACCUCUAAUUUCUUGACCUCUGUCCAUUCCCCAUUUACCUGUCAGUACCUGCACUCAACAAUCUCUUUGUUUUUGUCUCCUCUGCUUUUUCUCAUCCUCUUUCUCCAUCUGUUUUCCUUUUCUGUGCAAAAUGCCCAAAUGACUGGACUUUGACCUCACUCUGUCAACGCUCUGUACUCUGCGCAAUCUCCCCCUCAUCACUCUUUCUGAUUUAACCUACCAUGACCCUCACUCUAACCUUUUACUUUCUUACCUUUGUCUCUACCUAUCAUCACACUCUCACCAACCAACAUUCCUGGCUCGGCAGUGGAGCGUCGCCCUGUUAGGAACAUCCAGGUAUUUAACCCUACGACCAACUCUCUGAACGUUCGCUGGGAGGCUGCCACAGGCCCAGUGCAGCAGUACCGGGUGGUCUAUGCUCCUCUGACUGGCGCCAGGCCUUCUGAGUCGGUGAGUUUCCAUUUACUGUGUGGGAAGUGUAGUAUAGCACAUAUGGAUUGAAAAAAAAUAUUUAUUUAAGAGCACAACAGCGCCAAAGUUCCUCUGAAUUGGUCGAACAUUGCUAAUCAGUAGCAGUCUUAACAGCCUCAUCCUUAAGUUGAAAAGAAAACAUUGGUCUGUUCACCAAAUGGUCCAUGUGAAUGUUUUUUAAUGCAUGCAUGUGUGCAGUUACUGACAGCUUUAUUCUUCUCAUUCACAUACUGUGAAAGGUUUAAAACCACAACUGUGUUCAUUAAAGCCGAAAUUCUUCUAGAGAAACUUCUGCUCUUUGCACAAGAUGUAGCAUCUGGCACCAGUUUGCCCAUGGCAUCACGUGCAAAAGAUUUCUAGAUGGUUUAAAGAAUCCACAAUCAACUUUUGAAGUGUCACUAGACAUCUCACCAUGAGCUUUCCCCAGCAUCUGCCUUAAAGACGGUACCAUUAGUGUUUGAUUUCUUCUCUGGGACACUAAAAACAUGGGCUUCAAAGGGUAUGCACAUGCUAGUUUAUGAUUGAGAGGUGCGCUGUGACUUUAUCCCAGAUUUUUAACACAUUUAUGGCGGGCUCAGGAUAUCUUUCCAUGGCUAGGUCCAAUGUUCAGCUUCAGUGGCAAUGUGGUCUUUUUCAGCCAGAACCAUCAAAUUUAACACCAGCUGGAGAUUUGUAGCACAAAUUACCAGCUUUACUGGUGUCACCUGCAAUAUUAUUUUUAUCGUCAGACUCUCAAACACUAAAGCCCAUGUUUUAGGGACAAGAUGGGAACAAAAGAAAACACAGAACAAGUAUCUGCCUGGACAUUGUUGUUGCAUUUUCACCUGUCAAGAAUAGACAGUAAACAGACACUACAAACCCAUUUGCCGGGGUGACAUUUGCUUACUUCACUCACUCUCUUAAAGAGGUUAUCACCAGGCCAGAGCCCUCCAGGAGCAAUUACCUUACUCCCUUCUAAAUAACCAUUACAGAAAAAGAGAGUAAGGCGGAGGCUGGCCUCUAUGUAAUCAGCUGCUGUCAUUGUCAGACAGACUUAAACUAUGUAGCUGGCUGUCAAACUUCAAAGGGUUACCAGGCUCUCCCUUUCACUUACUGCUGACAGUCAGGGGCUGUUCAGUCAGGAGAAGGUGUCAGAGGCAGUGUACAACACAAGCAGCUGUUGGAGGAGAGGAGAAGGUUUGUUUGUGUAUGCUUUAAAUCUUCUCCCCUUUACUGCUGCCAAGAUUUUUGGAGAAAAUAAACAGAUUUGCUAUUAUUUGGGAUGCACCCAUGUGUGUCUGGCAGCCAAACCUUGCCCUGUUGAUGGAUGUAGGGUUACUGGCAAAUACUUUGGCUUUCACUAGCUGCAACAACCAAUAAAUGAUGACAAGCCAGUAGGCUUCAUGUUUCAGAUAAUAGUAAGGUAAAAAAAAAAAAAAGAAAAAGAAAAGAAAAGUCUUCUGAAGACAGCCUGGUAGCUUAUUGGCAGGUCUGUUUAAUGUUUGUGACCUUUCAAAAGUUAUAAUUUAAACUACAGAGUAAUUUUUUUCUAUUUUUUUUCUGCAUUUAAUUCAUUUUAAAGAUAGCAAUCUAUAAGUUUUCAAAAAUACAGUUUUAAAAUGGGUUGUGUAAUUACUAAACAUCCCUAUAACUGACUUUGCAGUUAUGACGUAGACUAGAGUUUGUCAAAAUAGUUAUUCAGAAAAACACUCUCUUGUUAAAUAAAAGAAAGUGAAAUUAAGGAUUAAAGCUUUUAGUAUAUUUAAUUGAAUGUGUGUUCAUUCCAAGACAUAGUUAAGAAGGCCUGUUAAGAUCUGUUAUGUAACAAUGACUUGGAAUGUAAUUUAAAAAAAUGUAAUAAAACCCAAAAUGUAACAACUGUUUGAUACUGUAACAAGGCGCUAAGCCCAAAAGGUAGCAAAUUAUUACAUUUUGGGUCAAUUAUCACAAUUUGGGUUUUAUUACAUUUGGUUUAUUUCAUUUUGGGUUUAACACUUUUGUUUCAUAUUGACAAAUUAUCACAUUUGGGGCUUUAUUACAUUUUAUUAAUAAUAUUUCAGGUCAUUCUUACAUAUUGGGCUCUAACAAGGCCUUAACAAACUUAAGCAAUGAUCGCUUCUGUUUUAACAUUAAGAUUAACCACCAUCUGUGACCCAGAUGGGUAGAUCAAUGACAACAAACAAAAUAAGCAAAAACAACAUACUUCAUUAAACAUAUGCAUAUAUCCACAUCUAGGAUUGGUUUAGUUGUCAUUUUUAACAUUUAAAUCAGUAUAGGCCCCACUUUUCUCGUCAGUGCUCUUACGAUAAGUGACUAUCAUAGAUCUUAUUUUUGCACACAGUUCAGCAAAACUCUCAUAGAAAGUGACUCAUAAUAUUUUCUGUAUAUCUUUUCAGGUUUUGGUUCCAGGAACCACCACCACAGCUCUUCUGCAGCAGCUUCUCCCAGACACUGCUUACAAUGUUGGAGUUGUCGCUCUGUACAGUGAUGGAGAAGGACCCACUAUCAGUGAUGAUGGAAAGACAUGUAAGUACCAGUGUGUUAAAGGCAAUUGUUGAAAAGUAGUGUUUCUUGCUAUGUGCAGAUUUGAUAAAGCUAUUUACUCAUCUCACUGAAAGGUAACACCAGUGAGAUGAAGAUAUGUUUUGAUAUGAUAUUUUUAAUGAAUUCAACGUCUUCUCUGCUCAGUGCCCCGCAGUGGCCCAAGAAACAUGCGAGUAUAUGACCCGACCACCACCACACUCUCUGUGAGCUGGGAACAUGCUGAAGGUCCAGUCGUGCAGUACAAGAUCACCUACGCCCAGACCACAGGAGACCCUAUUGAGGAAUCUGUAAGUGUUAUUGCAACUCCACACCUUUCAGUUGUUUUAGAUAAUUAGAUCAGACAAAUGCAUCUUUUAAUUCAUGUAAUUUUUUUAUUAAUCCUCUCCUUCAUGUGGUGAAUUUAUAUCUUAUAGACUACAGUUCCUGGAAACAGAAACAACAUUGUCCUGCAAAACCUGGAUCCAGACACUCCCUAUAAUAUCAAAGUGACUGCCAUCUACGCUGAUGGACCAGGAGGAGAGCUAGAGGGAGAUGGACGCACAGGUAUAACUUAAACCUCUGGAAUCUGAGUGUGACUUUCUAUUGCUUUAAUCAACUGAGAGGAUGAAACUAAACUUUCUGACGGACAGGUUCAAAGAAAGUACUGCAGCACUGCAAGCUUAAAGGAAUGAAAUUCAUAGCAGGCAAAUUAAACAGACUAAUGCAUUGAUUAAGAUCCUCAAUCAAUGUAGGAAAUGAGUGAAAUUCUUGACUUUUGGACAAGGCCAAAAGAACCACGAGUCUCUGCCAAAGAAUUAUGAACUGGCUGUCCUCCAGAGAGGGAAAUCUCAUGCCUGCAGUUCUGGCUCCUGUCUUGCCUAAAUUAGUUUCUCAAACAAAAGAAACCUAUUUCAUAUUGCACUCCUUGAGGCACCUUAUUAUUUUUUUUCCAUUUUUCUCUGAUGUGGUAAAAUUGAUCAUCCUGAUGAAGACAUGUGAGAUAUAUUCAUCUUGAUCCAAACGCUGAAAAAAUGCCAUAAUAGAAUAAUUACCCUGCCUACAGACACUGAAUUCACUGGAAUUCAUUCCCGAUGCAAUGAAGCACUAAAUGCGUUGACUGUGCUGUCUUGUCUUGUCUCACACAGUGGGUAUGCUUGGCCCAAGGAACCUUCGCGUGUCUGACGAAUGGUACACACGCUUCAGGGUGUCCUGGGAUCCCGCUCCAUCCAGAGUUAAUGGAUACAAGCUCAUUUACAAGCCUGAAGGUAUGAAUGUCUUCAAUGUAACAGUCAAGCUAUUAAAAAAGAUCUGUAAUUAAAACUCAUCCUUUUCCAAAAUGCGAGUUUUUUUUUUUUAAUUGAUUUUUCCUUUCAGGAACUGAUGAGUCUAUGGAGGUGAGUGUUGGAGAUGUUACCUCCCACCAGCUGCACAACCUGAAACCUGGAACCACUUAUGACCUGCAGGUGCUCGCACAGUACAGUACAGGCCUCAGUGCACCUCUGAUUGGACAAGGCACUACAUGUACGUUGAUUGUGCUUUUAUUUCAUUUUAUGUUUUUGAUUGAAAGGUUUAUCUGCAGAAAAUAAAAUGGAUGCUUGAUGUUGUUACAAAAGGAGAGUAUAUACUGAGUCCAAUGCUUCCUUCCCUUUAGUGUACCUGAAUGUGACAGACCUGAACACCUACAAUGUUGGCUAUGACUCCUUCUGCCUCAGAUGGUCCCCCCAUAGAGCUGCCACUUCCUACAGACUUAAAGUCAAUCCUUUUGACAGUAAGUUCUUGCAUCAAUGAGACCAUACACAUGAUAAAGUUUUUUCAGCUCAGAUCUGUCUAAUCUGGUUUGUCUUUUUCUACUUUCUGCCCCUCAAGCCUCUAAGAGUGGAGCUCAGGAGAUCACUGUCAGGGGAUCAGAAAGCAGUCACUGCUUCGAUGGGUUGACUCCUGACACUCUCUACAAUGCCACAGUUUUUGCUCAAACCCCCAAUCUGGAGGGACCUGGAGUCAGUGUGAAGGAGAGGACAUGUAAGAUAUCAGACAUUUGCCAGAUACAUGAGAGAACAGCAGUUUCACACACUUUAGCAUAUUAGUUGAAGCUACUUGACCCUACAGAUGUUUUCUUGCAUUGGUUUAUCUGUUUCAACUUCUGUUUUCUCUCUUUUUAGUGGUCAAACCCACAGAGGUACCAACUGAGCCACCCACCCCACCUGCCCCUGCAACAGUCCCUCCAGCACUGGAUGGUGAGGAGAGCUUUAGCAUUUUCAUUUAGUGCAGAACAAAAAUAAGUCUUCUGUCCUAGCUAGGGCCAGGUAAUUUAAUAACAUCUUGUUCCUGAACUGCAGUGUGCAAAGGUGCCAAGGCAGACUUGGUCUUCCUCAUUGAUGGGUCCUGGAGUAUUGGAGAUGAGAGCUUCCACAAGGUGAUCCAGUUUGUCAAGAGCAUGACAGGAGCCUUCGAUGUCAUCAGUCCUAAAGGCAUGCAGGUCAGUGUGGUGCUCUUCUAAAUAUUUAUUCCUCCAUACGGCCCUCAGUGCACCCCUUGAUGUUUUAUGAUUUCUCUGUGUUCUUAAACAUGACAUCUUAUUUAUCAUCUGUUUCCAGGUUUCAUUUGUCCAGUACAGUGAUGAUGCGAAGACUGAGUUCAAGCUGAACACCUAUCAUGAUAAGGGCAUAGUCAUAUCAGCUCUGCAGGGUGUGCGCUACAGAGGAGGCAACACAAAGACAGGUACACCACCACUGAGAGCCAUCUAAGUGGCAUUUUCGUUGUCUUUUCUUUGAGAGGAUGAAUUUUUUGAUGCCCAAUGACAUUCAUCGUUAUUGUUUUCUGUCCUAGGUGUUGCUCUGAAGCAUGUCUAUGAGAAGGUUUUCACUUCAGAUAGCGGCAUGAGGAGGAACGUCCCCAAGGUGCUGGUGGUGGUCACAGAUGGACGGUCUCAGGAUGAUGUCAAGAAGAGUGCAGAGAGGCUGCAGCAUGCUGGUAUGUGUGAAAUUAUAAAUCAUUUCCAUGUGUGUUAUGGUCUGUAUUCUGUGCACAGUGAAUACUUUGUGUAACAGAGCUGUUUCGGAUUAUCUGAAUUCCCAUUUUGCUCCCAAACUUCAAUUUACCUCAUCGGAGUUUGUGGCUGAUUUUAUAAACUCUUAAAUAAUCCAAAUGGCGAUGAAAGUGCCUGUGGUUAUUGGAAAUCUAACAAUGGUCUUUGUUUUUUAUGUGUGUGUGUUUUUUUCCUACAGGCUACAGUGUGUUUGUGGUUGGAGUGGCCGAUGUGGACAUGAAAGAGUUGAGACUUAUCGGCAGCAAGCCCAGCGAGAGACAUGUGUUUGUUGUAGACGACUAUGAUGCGUUUGACAAGAUCCAGGACAACCUGAUCACCUUUAUCUGCGAAACAGCCACUUCCAGUAAGACAGACAUUGAUACACCAUGAAAACAUUAUUGGAUGUUGCUCAUGGCCUUAGAUUUUAAAUAACCCACUACUAAGGGAUGUGCAAAUGGAUUUAUCACUUUCCUGAAGCUAUUGUCCUAACUCUUUUUUUGUGUUUGUUGCAGCUUGUCCUUUGAUCUACAUCAAUGGGUUCACAACUCCUGGUAGGUGUGCACUCUCACCUUAGACAUGACGUGAUCCUUAGAGUCCAACUCCAAUCGUUUAAAAAAAAAAUACUUAUCAGUGGUCUUUAAAUUGUGAUUAUGAAGUUUUUAGCCAAAAUCACGUUACUUGUGUCAUUUAUAAGGGCUUUUCGUGUUAGCAGAGCUCUAGAAGAUCAUUAGCAAUUCACCUCUGAGCCGUGGACAGAGACAGCACUGCUCUGCACACUUGUCUUCGCGUUAGCUUGCAGCCUAACAUUGCCGGUGUAGUCGAAGUAGCAGGUUACAUAGGACCUACUCAACUCAUGGACACUAAUGUCUUUGAGGACAUGAUGAAAGUUACUAUCAUACUUAGCUUAGUUAUGAGUGUUGCAAACCACUAACCCACACACUUGUUCCACGAUCACCCUCUCUAGUUUUCCAAGUCUGGCUUGCAUAGUGGGGCUUCGGGGGCGGAGCUUGGAUUUGUGACAUAGGAAAUCUGAUAUCUAAUAUCUGAACCUGCCAGAGAUUCACAGCGAUUUGAAUGCAGAAAUACUCAGGAAUGCAAUUUCACACUUAGUUUUCUCAUGAGGAGCACCAGAAAAAUGCUGUAUGAACAUGUAGACAAUAAGAAAAACAUGAUUUCCAUCGGAGUGAGUCUUUAAAGAGCUUGUUGGAAUCACUAAAAUUUCUUUCAAAUACUCAUUUUGUCUUUUCAUUUUUUUACCCAUACAGGCUUCAGGAUGCUGGAGGCUUUCAACAUCACCGACCGAACAUUUGCUGGCAUGAAUGGUGUUUCCAUGGAGCCUGGCUCUUUUAACAGCUACAUUGCCUACAGGCUACACAAAGACUCCUUCCUAAACCAGCCCACCAAGUAAGAUCUGAGACUGAAAAUAUUUGUGUGUCAAACAGAGGAAGCUUGAUUCAGUAUGCAUUUCCCCAGCCUGUUGUCCUUAUCUGCAGCCCACAGUCAUUACUUAUAAUGAUGUUCAAUAGCCCCUGCAGUCAAAGGGGUUUCCCUAGUGCCUACUCCUCGUUGCAGCUUGUUGAAUAUGAGCUGCUAGGAGGAACCAAAUUAAUUGGUGGAGGAAUUAAAAGCUCCUGGACCAAGCCCUCCUCCCACCUGUUUCAUAAUGAGAUAAUAACCACAGAAUUAACCUCUGGGUCAAGAGCUCUACAUUUACACUGGGCCUCAUAUAAGUGGCCUGUUGAGGCAACUGCAGAGUUUCUCUAUCUCUCCAGUAUGCUCUUUAUUAUGUUUAAAAUGAUGCAUGUUUUGCCUGAGUAGACACAGCCACUGGCUUAAAAAGCACAAUUGUACGCACUUUGAACUGCAGCAAAGAAGGGGGGAUGGAAAAUAGUUCCAAUGUGUAGGUAAUUUCUGCAAGGCCAGAGAAAAACUUUCAAUGAUUUACAGGCCCUGAGGCCGAUGUGACAAACCGAAUGCAAUAGUAGAUGUUUAGAUUUUUUUUUCAAAGCUGUGAUUUUCUGGUUGCCAGAGGAUCGAGUGGUCAGUUCUGCUCCAUCAUUCAUCCAGUGUAUAUUUUUUCACACAACAGGGAGAUCCACCCGGAUGGUCUUCCCCCAUCCUACACCAUCAUCCUGCUCUUCCGCCUGUUGCCCGACACACCCUCUGAGCCUUUUGAUAUUUGGCAGAUUUCCGACAAAAACAACAACCCAGAGGUCGGGCUCACCGUCAACCGUAAGCCUCCCAUCCUGUUUUGGCCCCCAGCUGGAGGGGGGACUCUGCUGUAGCUGACCCAACAAAUACACAGCUGUGGUCUCUCUUUUUUUAACCAUUUCAGCUCCUUUAUUAGCUCUUGGUUAAUUUACAGAACUUAGAUAUCACAGAUGUGAUAAGCAUGAAAUAAAAAGUAAUUUAAGAACAGAGAUAAGAAUACCACAUCAAAUUCAUUGAUCUUAAUCAUACCCUGAUUUUGUAUAAGGGUUAAUUUCUUCAGUCCUUACACAUGUGGUGAAUGCAUGCCAAUAAUUACAAGCAUAGGCCUAAUCCCUUCAAGUCCUCUCUGUAUCCCUCUCCUCUCCCUAUAACCAUGUGUUCUCUAUCGUCCCGUCUGAGCUUUGCGUGCCACCCCAUUGAAACACGCUGUCAGGGAUUUAUCAAAGACUCCUCUCUUUUCAGCUUCAAGCAAAACAAUCACAUUUUACAACAAGGACACCCGAGGAGAGAUCCAGAAAGCCAUGUUUAAUGAGGAACAAGUGAAGCGGGUUUUCCAUGGCAGCUUCCACAAGGUAAACUCAGCGCAUGAUUCUUCACCACAUAGUGAUGUUAUUAAAGUUGGGCCUUCACAGGACAGACUGUGUGUCCUUUGUGGUUAUAUGUUGAUUUUCAUUUUGAGAUCUCGAGACAGUCAGAAAAUUGUUUUCAUUCUUUUCACAUACUUUCACAGAUAUUAUUUUUUAAACCCUUUCAUAUGUCUCUAGUUUUUACGCUCCAUUGAAGAAGGCUGAGUUACAUUUUAUAAGAACUAACAUCCAAAGAAAAGAAGCUGUUUCACAUCAACUGUCAAAAGUUCCCUGCUAACCAUCUGAGAGUGUCAGGCCUGCUGUCAAAGUGAUCUUUGAACUUUACAGUACACUGUUAUUUUUAACCAUGGGUAUUGAAUCUGAAUAAUGGGUGAGGGAGGCCACAGAUAUGUUUAAAGAGAGGUGGGAGAGAAAUUCUUACAUCUUAUUGACUCUAAAAAAGGUGCGAACUAUUUUGGUUAGCUCUUAAUGUCUGACAACAUUGAGGACAGAAUCUCUCCUGAUAGUUUUUCAGUAAAUUUUCAGACUUUGGCAUUUCAUUUAGGGAGAGAACGCAUCUUUACUUCAUUGAAAAAUAGAACAAUGGAAAUUUAUGCAACAUAAGUGCAAUUUCUCAUUCGUGUCAAAGCCUACAUUUCCUAUCAUGCAAUCUUUUAUCUGAAUCCCCUGCCUUGGACAGCACAUGAGUAUCAAUAUUGUCAAGUAUCAGUACAAACAAAUUUAAACCACAUUACAGAUAGAUGCAGUCUAAACCCCAGUGUGAUAUAUAACCCUGAAGUUAAUGUAAUGUCAUCAGGGUUUUGUUCAAAUUCACAGAGGACCUAAAACACAGUUUUGACAAACUCCACCUCACAACUUAGAAACAAAACGUUUGGCGUAAAAUUGUUGCAGUGUCCCAUCAAACAUUAGUCAGGUAACACAGAACAUUUGCUGGUUACAAGUGCAUUUUUGCCAAACUUCAAAAGCACAUACCACUGGCUGAAAAAUAUUUAGAUUAUAAACCAUGGAUAAAAAAGUUAAAUCCAGAUGUUUCCAGCAUUCAUACUAUUAACUCUGAAAUGACUUUGAAAUUACCAUCAGGGCUGCCUUUCAGUCACAGGAGAUGGGUCUCCUCUUGGUUAAUGCUUUAAAAAUCAUUACCUCAAAUCUUCUUGUAACAAUCUUUCAACAGUUUUCUUCCAUUUAAUAACAGUUACCGCCCAUAAUAAUGUUGUUGUUGCAAACUCUGUACUUUUUUUUACAGUGGUGAAACUCUAACAAUACUCCCACAUGCUGAGCUUGUAACUGUGACAAAAAGCAUUGGUGGAUUAUGAAGUCUCUUGUGGCCCCAGCAAGAGGUGAAAAGAGACAUUAAAUGCAUUUAAGUCCAAUUCAAAACAGCAGCGAAUGAAAACAUCCUCUGUUAUGUUCCACCACAGUGGGGUGUAAAGAACAGAACAAUAGAAGACAGUAUAUUUUCAUACUGAGCUGGAAUGACUUAAAAUGCUAGAUUUCUUGCUGGUGGAAAAACGACUGGUUCCAAUGUACUCAAAGCCACGUCCAAAUGUAUUGACUUUGUUCCCAAGGACAGCCUUGUUUUUUUUGGAGGAAAACAGUUUCUUCUUUCCUUAAUUGUAAGGAAAAUGAAUGAACCAGGGCCUCAGCCAAUAUUAAAGAUCGCUCUUCUUCCCUCAUAUGACAGAUUGUAGUUUUUUACUGAGGAGCGGAUGAAAGGGGAAUAUUUGUCAUUUACUGUAUGUCAGAGCAUACAGUAAAUGACGUUUCAGUUUGACCAUCUAGCAUCCAUAUAACAAAUUGCAGUGCAGCUUCAUGAAUGAACAGAACCCUGGAAAAUGUCAGGUCAUGACUGGAUGUCAAUGACAUCACUGCUUGGUCUAGUUGGACGGCAGCCUGAUCAGUGUGUGUUAAAAAGAGUGUGUCCUCCUGGUUCGUGGCAGCAGUGGAGCCUGCAGUCUUGACUGUGCAGUGGGUGGCUAGUUUGUGGUGCAGCAGUUGUUCUUCCAUGAGCGUGUGAUUCUGCAGCGGUUUACCUAGCUACUUAUUUACUGGUCUGCUGAGUAAGUACCGCUGCCACCGCUGCUGCUGGUGUGUGUUUACAUGCUGUAAGUGGUUUGCCAACACUUGUCCAUAGCGAUUAUGAAGUGACCUCAGCGCUUUUUGUGUGUGUGUAUAAUUUUGCCCAAAGUGACCAUUAUGACUGUCACAAACGGCAGUCAGAUGUACUGUCCAUGUGAGAAGAAAACAGAUGAAAAAAACACCAUUGUAAACAGAUUUUUAAGUUUUAGAUCAGGGAAUUGAAGCUUCAAAAAAGUGUCAUUUUCAUUAUCCCAUAUUCAUCCACUUCAUGCUUCAUUAGCUGGUACUUCUUUGUUCCAUAAAAUGUAUGUAAAAAGCAAAAUACAUGCUUCCCUAAAUCACUGAUAGCCUCUUUAAAUGUCUAAUUUUGUUUGACCAACAGUCAACAGCCAAACUUGUUUUUAUUUUCAUAGAAUACCAAGAAGAAGCAGUAAAUGGUCACAGUUAAAAUUAUAUAAAAAGUAAAAUAAAUACUUUUAAUGUAAGCUUACUUUCUGCUGAAACCUUUUGAUUCAUUUAGUGUUACAGCUCUAACACCAGCACGCCAAGAGAAUGAUAAAUCAGUGCAGUUGUGUUUGAAACUGCUGUUUGAUAUCUGUGGACACAGAUUUUUCCCUUUUACUGCCCAGUCAAAUACUUUGGAUUUGUCUCAAAAGUAUUUCAAACCUGCACCUGAUCACUUGGUGUUUUCUUAUUUGAACUGAGAGCUUGUUGAUUUCAGCUCCUCAGGCUGGUUAAAGAAGAGUCACCUAGGCUGAAGGGGUCGUGUUCUCCUGCUAGCUGAACAUGUGGGAAAGCUCUCAGAGAUGGCUUUAGCAGAUGCAAGCCACUCACUAGCCCACAGGGGAAUCCCCUCCCACACUCAAGGGGUGGGAGUCCACAGUGGGAACCUUCCUGUUAACUGAAGUGAGCAAGACAUUUCCCAUGAAUUGCAGUGACUACUCAUAAACUGGCAAAGUUUGAACAUGCAAUUUGAUGUAGUCACCCAACACUGUACUGACUGCUUCACUUCUAAUUUAGAAAAACACCAAAAUCAGCGACUUGGUCUGCUAUGAGCUUUCUUUUCAGGGUUUUUGUUUUAAGGGUAGUGCCAACAUAUGCAUACAGCAGUCAAGGCGAGGAAAGAGACAUUUGCCAAAAUAUGCUCCGCAAGCACUUUUGGUGAGACAACCUUCUAGACAUGAAUCUGCUGCUCAAGGUGACCUGUACAAGUAAACAUACCAACACUAAAAACACACACGAACCAGCGGAAAUUGUCUAUUAAAUUUUCCUCCUAAAGACAUUUCUCUUUCUGUUUCCAAGUGCCAGAUCAGACAUGGAGGCAUCCCAUAGUAAAGAGUGUAAUGAUUAUGAUCUGCCCAGUAUUGUUUUCCAUGCACUGAAACAUCAAUUUGAAACGAGAAGAGAUACUGAUUAUGAAUCUCUCUUUACUUAUAAUUAAAGGUAACUUUCUCUCUUGGAUGUGGUGUAUAGAAAAGCUCAAGUGCAUGCAUCUCAAGAUUUGAAACUAAGAAAAGUCAGACAAGCCAAGAGCAAUGAAGCCUAGUCUGAUAAAAAUCAUGAAUGUCAAGCUUAUUGUAACAGAGACAUUCUCAGCCUGAACACGUACCAAAUGCACUCUGACUGCGUGUUGACACAAAGUGAAUCACACAGUAAAUCCUUCUGUCUUAACAAACAGUGAACAGAAAUUGUUCAUCUGUCGGCGCUCUGCGGCAGAACAACCCGAUCACCUCUGAAAGACUAGUGGUCACUUAAAAGCUAGUUCAUCUGAGGCCUUAUUUUCCACUAACUACUAACUACUUUUGUGUGUUUACUUAUUGGUCAGUGAGGUAAUAUAAACAUGCUCAGUAUUUGCCAUCCCAAUAUAUCAUCUAAAGCUGUUUCGGUAAGCCCUUAUGAGCAUCAUGGUGUAAUGUAACCAUGCCAGAAUCCUGGGAUAAACGAUACCUCUUUCUCUUUGUGGUCACUAGAUGCUUUUUUCUUAUGCCAAGUAAGUGAACUGUAAUUUUGUGAUUGGUUGCCAAGACCUGUGGCCUAGUCUGUGGUUGGUAUGGCUUUGUAGAAAGAAAUGGUAGCUUGCUUUUCCUGACAUAAAGAAAGCCUGUCUGACUGUUGAGGAGGGGGAAAAUUUGCAACUAUGAAGGAAAAGUAUGGAAAAUGUAGCACUUUUGAUGGCGCACCACAAAUGAUAUUGUUUAAAGAUGUGGAGUUUGAUCUCUGGACAGGAAACUCCGACAGCUCUCACUUUGUCUUCCUGCGUCGUUGUACAAUCAAGACUUCAGCUUUAAGACUGUAUAUUUGCUUUUCUUGUGGUUCAUUCAUCUUCAGAGGAUUCAAACAGCAGCCCCGUGCCAAAUCAGUAACCACGCUGGAGUAAUAUCAUAAUCUAUAAUUAAAGUGGCUCAGCAGAGACUAAACAAUUCCCCGAAUCCAGCAGUUACAUGAAACACAGUAUCAACAUCUUUAUUGACUUCAGACAACAUGGCUUAAAGCGGUUCACAGAGGUUAUUUCUCGCCUUAUGGUUGCACUUUCUUAAAUAACUUCCUACCCUGCUUUAAAUGAGCAAUCAUGCCAGGUCCAAAUGGAAAUCUAUGCCAAACACAGCUCUUCUAAAGCUCCAGACCUCUUAGUACUCCUCGCCAAAUGUUUGUGUUGCAACAAAGUUUGCAGAUGUGAAGCAUUAGGAAGACAAGAAUGGUUUGUUAAUAAUGCUCCCUCUUCAUCCUCUCCUUCCUGCAGCUCCACAUCACCAUCUCUCCAGAAAAAGUCAAAAUGAAUGUGGACUGCCAAGAGGUGGCAGAGAAGCCCAUCAAGGAGGCCAAUAACAUCACACUGGACGGCUAUGAAGUGCUUGGCAAGAUGGUCAAGUCUGGAGGCGGAAAGAAGCAGUCUGCGACAGUAAGUGAAAAAGACACUUAAAAUUUAAGGGCUUAGAGAAAAAAAGUUUGGAUUUUUCCAUAGCAUUGAUUUCCAAAUCCUCUUGUACGUGGGUAAACAAUUAAUUUGUAACUGCAGGGAGGAGAUCCUUCACCUCUCUGUUUGUUUUUUGUUUUUUUUGAGGAACCUGUUGUUUCUCUUUUACAUCGGUGCAUUUUCAUCACAAGUGAGAGCCAUUUGUAACACCCCUUCAUUUUUUCCUCUUCCUCUGUUGUGUAGUUCCAGCUCCAGAUGUUCGAUAUUAUCUGCAGCUUGAGCUGGAUCAGCCGAGACAAAUGCUGCGACCUGCCCUCCACAGUAAGGACAAAAGUCAUUUUCACAAUGCCAUCUGUAGGGAUAUUUUGGCAAAUUUCUUUCACAUGCUCCGUUUUACAUGAGAUGAUCUUCACAGUUAAUCUUUUACAUACUUGCUUUUUCAUGAUGUUUAUCUUCUGUAGGUCUAUGUAUGCAUUCUCGCUCAGAAGUUCAUGUAUGAUUGUAUGCCGUCAUUCAGCUGAUAGCUAGAUUGCUGUUCCAAAUGAGAGAGCUUUAGCUGAACUGAAUAGGACCUUGUAUUCUGUGUAAUUUGCGCUUAUCGGACCGUUGCCAGUUUGAUCCUCUAAUUACAUGAAAAUAAGUGCUCCCUCAGAUGACGAAGCAGGCACUAAUUCUCAUUUAUUAUGAUAGAGUUUGGGGAAAUACGGGAUGCAUGCACAUGUGUCCAAUUUUGAGUAAUUCAUCUAUAAUUUGCAUCAGAUAUUAAUACAUCACCUCAGUGAUUGCAGAGUUGUUAUGUAACUAAUUAUAUCGGAGAGUCGUUGCCAAAAAUAUGGACAAAGUCUGCUACUGUCACUGAGCAUCUGGUCUGAAAGCUCCACUCAGACUACAGCUUUUCUUCAUGAGCCACAGCUCCAUCAUGAGCUUUAAGGGUUUCAGAGCUGUCACUUCAUUUUAAUCCCCCUGUGAGGUCAAAACAAGAGGUUGCCAGGAUACUGUCACAGAGUUACAUGAUGGGUUUCCCUUUUUACCCCUUCUGUUCUUUAGUUUGCCAAGGCAUGGUCUAAAUUAUCUGUGGUGUAUGUAUGUGUGUGUUUGUAUCCCAUUUUCUAAUUUCUUUAUCUUCUGUCUUUCUUUUUUCAGAGAGAUGAGGCCAAGUGUCCAUCCCUACCACACUCCUGCACAUGCACACAGGACAGCAUUGGCCCUCAGGGGCCUCCUGGACCUUCGGUAAAGACCCCUCUUUAUAACCUUCUUUCCUUUGUGCUUUGUCUCCAUCUGCUCUACCUUUGCCUUUGUUCACCUGACAAAAUGGUUUUCUCAGAGGGGAGACAUGUUUGGAUGAUGAUGAUGAAGAAGCCAUACUUUUCCCUGCUAAUGUUAUAACGACUCUACAGCCACAAUAAGCUACUUAACAUUUGCCUGUUAAACAUUUUAACCUUAAAUAGACUGAAGAUGGCUCUCACAUCAGGGCUGGUAUUUUUUUUUCUUUUUGAAAAAGCAGUUGAGGAUCAAACCAGUGGCAUGCAAUGAAACGUGGGUUUAGAGAGAAGUGUCAAACGAUAAAUGCCUGUCGGAAAAACAGCAGUAAAAAGGUCUGGAAUAUGUGUGCUUGGUAACCCCUCUGAGCCCCAGCGGGGAUUUCGAAGAGCUUUGGGUUUUUUAGUGCUUUUGGAAUCUACUCCUGAUGUUACACUCACUCUGUACUUCUGGCUCCUCACUUUUCCAGGGCAGCCCAGGCUCUAAGGGACCACGUGGAGAUAGAGGACAGCAGGGCACUACUGUAAGUAACAUUGAUCAAGCAUGGUUUCCAUAUUUUGCCAUUUAACACCAACUAAUGACACCAAAAUGGGCAAAUUUAAUAAACCCUUUCAUAGGCUCUGAGUUUUGUUGACAUUAUCAAUUCUACCAAAUCUGCAUGAGAUUAAAGUCAGCUCACUCAAAUCUUUUCGUGCAUGAUCACUGCUUAGCUACAGCCUCACCUUAGCUUACAUAAUCACAUCUGAGUUCAGUUAUGGACUGUAUAUUUUCCUGAGCUUGAUCUGAAGGCCUCUAUGUCGAGUACGAUUCAUUACUCUUCAGGUGUUAAUGUUCGUGAUCAGUAUUUGUGUCACAGAAAGCCUGAUUAUGAUUCUUUUGUUUAAGUGAAGCCAUUAAAAGUCUUUGUUUUUCUUCUGCAGGGUUCAAUGGGUCCACGAGGUGAACAAGGACUCCCAGGCUCAAUGGGACCACCAGGUCCACAGGGUCCUAAUGGACUUUCUCUUCCAGGAGAACCUGUAAGUUGGCCCACCCUACACAAACCCAAGGAGUGAAGUCAAUCUAAUGGGUCUGUGAUAGAUGGAUAAUAAUGUAAAUUCCAGUGAGUGGAAUUUAUAGCUGAAGUCAAAGCACCUCACACUCCUCUUUACCUCGAGCCAGGCAGCUCCACUGCGUCUUUAUUUUCUUACCUGCAGAUGUUCUUGUCAAAACAUGAAAUCAAUCACAUUUACACACUGAAAUAUAUAAAACAAGGACCAAAGCUUCCUUCAAACCUCUCCUUUUUCUUUCCUCCCUCUGCACUUUCAGGGCCGCCCAGGACCAAAGGGAGAUGCUGGAGACCAGGGCUUGGCUGGCCUGCCAGUAAGUCCUCCCCUCUCAUUUUGUGGUUUAUGAACAGGAAACAGAAGACUAUCCAUAGAGAGCAGCGUUGCUACUGGAACCUGGAAUCAGUCCAAAUGGGGAGAUUGAAACCACAUUCAGAGUGGGAGGUUUACCAUACCGUCCUCAGGGGAGACCCACACUCUCGAUUCAGCUUGUUGAUUGACAAACAGUAGGAGGCCAGGGAUGCAGUUAAAUGAUUAUGGAGCCCAGACUCAUGUUACCAAAGGAGGAACAGGGAAUGGAACAUGUUCUCUCCCAGCCUUAAAAUUGAAAAUGAUUGUGACUUGACUUGAAGUCUGUCUUAAAACUGGACAUCUUGAUUUUCAGAAGACGUCAUUGUUGGUACUUCUUGGACAAGAAUGAAAGUCAAAUCCGAAUUGACCAUAAUCUUGUCAUUCACCGUUCUUAUAUAAUAUAAACUUAAACACUUCUUUGUUGAGCCAGAUGCAGAUCUAAAUUCAAGCUUAACCACGUCACAUUGUAAGAAAAAUCUUUCAGCUUAUUGGCUUGGUCACUUUUAGAGUACAUAAAAUUAUAUAGCAUCUCCUCGCUUAGCAGGCCAUCAUUCAACCAGAUGAGGUCAUUCCACCAACUCCCAUGAUUCAUUGUGGGAGAACAUCACCAAUAGUUAUUCUGGCAUCUGAAUAAGUGAAUGGAGGCAUGGGAGAAGGUUGUGUUCUCAAGCUGGAGCUGAUUGGCUUGGUCACUUCACACAAUAACACUUUUUGUUUCAGCACCGUCUCUGCAGGAGCAGUCGCAUGAGCAUCAUGUUCGACAAAUGGAGCGAGAUUGUUCCACUUGUUAGUAACAUGAGGAUAUAUUAUUUUUGGCUAAAUAACUGAAAAACAGCAGAUAUUUUUCUGUUAGACGUAGUUGACAAAAGCAUCAGGGAGUUGUUUUAAUGUGUUGUUCCUGAUCAUUAGCGUUUGAUUACGUGUGUCUGUUUUUUUCCCAGGGUUCUCCUGGGCCACGUGGUCCUCUGGGCCCUGUUGGACCAAGCGGAGCGCGGGUAAGACCUACCUCAGGGGUCUGCUUAGUGUUCACACUUUGUUAAAAACUUGCAAAUGGGUCCAACACUUCAUUUAGCUAAUGUUUAGCAUGUGAUCACACACUCGUGUGCUUUGUGCAGUUUCACUCCAUGUUGUCACUUGCGUAAGCCGGCAGAACUGAGCCAUAACUUAUGUAUGUAACCUUUAAAGACAGAUUUAAAGCUGAAACCGACAUGAAGCCAUGACACUGAUGUAUUGCAUGAACGGGGUCCCCACAGUGCUGUAAUCCAUGUGUGAUUGUUUGUUGUUUCUGCAUAGGGGCCACCAGGAAAAGAUGGACCACCUGGACCCAGAGGCCCCCCAGGACCCAUGGUAAGCGUGUGUGUGUUUAUUUCCGUCUUUGUGUUGUUGAGUUUGGAGCCAAAUAAAUAUCCCUUGGAGCGUGCUUUAUUUCCUGAUAGAUUUGCAACAAUUACUCCUCUGGCUCCACGUUUUCACUCUGCUGGAACAGCAUAUAAAAAAAACAACAGACUGUAGACCCCACCACUGUUAUGAGGAUGGUGCAUGCACCUCGUUUUCUUCUUCUGUGGUUUGAGGUAGUCUGAAUCUACUUAAUCCAGCCAUGAUGCCAGCUGGCAGCAUGCCAAUAUAGAAUUCACAUGCACCAUACCAUCCUGAGCGCUCCAAGACCCAUUAGCAGCUCAUGGUGGCUGGUGUGUAUACAGAACGGGUGCGUGGGUGCAUCCUAUUCCAGUUGUGCACGUGUGUUUCCAUCUUCUUUUUAGUGUUCUUGGCAGCUUGUGCCACAUGCUCCCCCCGCUGCAAAUGUCAAAGCAAAGAUCCCGACUUAAAGCUUGUUACCCAACCAUUUACAGAGAGCAGGAGUUAAAUGUUGCAAUUAUGUUUACUGUGCGGUUCUUUAAAUUAAACACUACUCUUUCUGUUUCUCCGUUUUCUUUCAGGGAAGCCCAGGAAACCCAGGUGUACCAGGAAUUACUGGAAAACCAGGGAAACCAGGAGACACAGGAAAUCCAGUAUGUAUUAGAACAAGACACAAUUAAGGGUCACAGAACAAUGCUUGGAGGGAGCCUUGGUUGUUAUGUGUUUUAUGAGUGUUUUCCUCGUUAACAGGGACCUGUUGGCCUUAAAGGAGAGAAGGGAGAGAGGGUGUGUAUUAUAUUCAUUGUUGAAAAGUUUUCAUACAUCAUCAAUGACAAAAAGCAGUGCUUUGAUUUCAUGAAGAUCUCUUGAUUUUCCAGGGAGAUAUUGCCUCCCAGAACAUGAUGCGCUCCAUUGCCAGACAAGUUUGCGAACAGCUUGUGAACAGUGAGUAAAACUUUUCUGAACCUGUGGAAAGAUUUAAAGUUGUUCAAGCUGAAAAGAAAUCCAAAAUGACUGAUUUUAUUUUUUUUUCACUUGCAGAUCAAAUGAGCCGAAUUGACAUGAUGCUCAACCAGAUUCCCUCUGGAUACCGUAGCAACUCUCCAGGACCAGCUGGUCCUCCUGGCCCUCCUGGAGACCAGGGAACUCGUGGAGAGCCCGGACAACCUGGUAGAACUGGUUUCCCUGGAAACCCAGGUUUACCUGGAAACCCUGGAGAAAGAGGUAGCUUAUUUCUCCUCCUUUUCAAAAAAAUUGUCAAUAAAACAAGGCAGCGCGUAAAAAAGAAUAAGCCAACCAUGUACAAUUAAUCAAUUAAGAUAAUGGGUGAAUUACCUUGUAUGGUUUAAACAGUUCUAGUCAGAGAUACUCAAUUAUACAACUAUACCCUGAAAUAUUGUCUGUGUGUUUCAUGCAAUGUCAUUUGAGUUUUUGAUGUCGCUAAUCAAGACGUUGUCCAUUUCUCUGGUUAAAAUAGGUUUGCAAGGAGAGAAAGGUGAGAGAGGAACUCCAGGAACUGGUAUCAGAGGACAAAGAGGUUCAAGUGGACCACCAGGUAACACAGUCAUGAUGUUUUCUCCCUUUCCUUUCCUAAAUUUUCACAUGUUCUCCAGCAGCUGCAGACAGUCUCCCAUAUUCUUUUUAUGACUUUUAUCUGCGCACUAAAACACAGUUUCAUGAUAACAGAGUUAGGUUUUUGACCUUUUUGGUGGACACUUCAAGGACACAUAUUUCUCCCUUUAGUCCAACUAAAAUGACACAUUCCAGCCAGAGGCCGGAUUUUACCCUCACUAUACGUGUCUCAGAACCUUCAUUUAGGCAGCUGCUCGGCAUAAAUUCUUUGGAGGAACCCCAAACAUAUUCCCAGUUCUUUCCUUUCCUAAAGAUUUAUGUCUCAUGUAUACUGAGCUUCUCCAAACACCGCUCACAUCUCAGAUUUUAUUCAGUAAAUGGAAGGAAUUUACGUCUAUCAUAAGAAGGAAAUUUCUGUGUUCGAAGUUCAAGACUGUCUUGAAUCAGUUUUCAGUGGAGGUCAAGAUAGUUUUACAAACAAUUGCUACAAAUUGUUUUGGGGCUGGUUUGUCAGUUUAAAGAAGCCCGUAGCCUUUCACUAAUUGGUAUCAAAUAUAUUUCUCAAAAAAGCUCACCACUUCUGAAGGUUUCCUGUCCUUGGGGAAACUAUUGUGGAACAACAGGAACCUUCUAUUGAUGUCUACCCGACAAUAGCAAACAGUAACAUGUCUGUUUCUAUGAAUGAACUGAGAAACAACUGAAGACCAGUGGGAGGAAGUUUGCACUGAUGACUCAUUUGUGUGUGUGAGUGUGUGUGCACUGUAUAUGUGUGUGAGAAUUGGAUUGUGGUACAACGAGCUUUCUUUGGUGGCUUCAUUGACAACACAUGGGCUCACUUAAGGGAGAGAAAAAGAGGGAGAGGGAAAAUUCCAUCCUGAGUUUUUACCGUCUAGACAGACGGGGCCGGGGGGCUAACUUCAUGCAGCCCAAGUCUUUUUUUUUUUCUUCUUGGUCAAGCUUUUUAAUUGAGCCAUUGAAAAAUUUAAAUUACAGUGCUGCAACCUUGUGUUAGCCCCACAAUUUUCACUGAAGAUUUACUGGUGAUGUCAGCAGUGUUUGUGCAGGCAUCCAGACACUUUGUAACCGGCCUUUCCUUACCUUCUCUCCUCCCUUUGAAGGACCACCAGGAGAGUCAAGAACAGGACCCCCUGGUCCUUCAGGCUCUGCUGGGGCUCGUGGCCCUCCAGGUCGCCAGGGUACUCCAGGAGUGAGGGGGCCACCUGGACCCCCUGGAUAUUGUGAUUCCUCUCAGUGUGUUGGCAUUCCUUACAAUGGACAAGGAUACACAGGUACACUUUACAAACGUUAAGGUCCUGCAUGGUAAAAUAUUAGAUUUAAGACUAAGUGUAUGCAGACUAAUUACAUUUGCAACUCAAUGCACUUCUACUUGCUAUGAUAAUGUAUGGAGAUAUGAAUGAUGGGUUUUUUUUAGUGUAUUUUAAAGGGUGUGUUCACACUUAUUUUAAGAAGAGUGACUGCUGAUUGACUGUUCACUCAGCCCUGCUGUUGCUGCUCAGCCUGAAUCUUUUGGUCACGUGACUAAAUCCAUAGAUUUACCAUUGGAGUUCUUUUGGAGUUUUUAGGGGUAAUGUUUGGCUUUCAGACAGCUAGAAAAAACAGCUGGUAACACUUUAUUUGACGCCUAUCUCUAUAACGCAUUAUAAAUGUAUGUGUAAUGCAUUAUAAUCACGUUAUAGCAUUGUAUAACUAUAGUUAUAAACACUCAUAAAUGAUCAUAAUGCUUUAUAGCAAUAAUCAUAACACAUUAUAAAGCAUUUUAUCAUGACAAGGUCAGGUAUUAUAAUGUGCAUGUGAAAUUAUAUAGCUUAUCAUUUCAAAUAAUGGUUUUUAAAACAGCUGUUGCAGAAAAUUUUUGUCAGUAUUGCAGAUCAUUAAGUUAGAAAACUCCAUCUUUGACCAGCUUGGAAUGGCUCAAGCUAACUUAAACCCAAAACCUGAGCACUGUGAAACAUUCUCGUAAACUUGCACGUGAAGUACAGUCACACAAUCACAGCACCACAGUUCAGCGAACAGUCAGUCAGCAGCAACUACUACAUUUCACUACCUCCAUACAUUUGAUGAACUAUUUGAAACUGGCAUGUAAAGCAUUCUAGCUAGUGGUGAAUGGUGUCUUGCAUUAAAUCAAAUAAGUUGCUUACAACCUUGUUCCACAGAGAAAACUCACACCUACUUUGAACUAUUUUCAGGUUUGGCAUAAUAAAUCUUCUAAGUCACCUGUGCCGCUUACACUUUGAAGUCCCAUUUCUGAGAUGUUUGCCCGUUUGCUUUGGGGGCAUGUAAGGAUAAUCACCAUGGAAACAAUUAUCGAACAUUAAGACAAACAAACAUUAUGAAAGCCAAUAAACAGAACGGAGGGGACAGGCACUAACAUCAUCUCACAGCUACAAGCUACAAUGAUGGCAACCUGCUGGCCUGUUUGCUUCUUGAACCCAAAACCGGUGGUGGGAAAAAUAUCAGAGACUGAACAUUUCUACGAAGGAAGGAGCAUGUACAAAUACCAACCAUAAAACAAGUACUAACAAAGAGGAUCUCAUAACAGAAACCAGUGUUCAUGUUGAGGUCAUGUGUGUAAAUAAAACUAAUUUUUAUGCCUUGUAAAUGAUGUAUGAAUCAGGACAUUUCACUAAAAAUCAAGUUAACAUCUGUAUUGAGCUUGUGCCUCAUAACCCGCUGCUUACUUACCACCAGCAUAACCUCUGUUUACGGCGCCUCAAGUGUUCAAACAGCUCUGGUUCAGAGUGAAGCAUGUUCCAUUUGUACUUCAAUUCAAUGUCUUCUUUUGUGUGUUGACCACAGUGCUAAAUGUUGCUCUCUUGCCAUUUCAUGUGUCUUUUUGUUGUAUGAGCUGGUUAUUUUCCUUUGUCUUAUAUCUAAUAACUUGAUGGAUGUAGUGUAAAUGUCAUCACAGCUUUUAGAAGUUUUUUUCUUUUUUUCUGUAGUUUUUUCUUUGGUUCGUUAAGGAAAUUCAAACAGGGAACUUUGUGGAAUUUCAUGGUGCAAUAUAUUUUUCAAUUGUGUAAAACAAACCCUUCUUUGAUUGGCAAUCCCAAAUAUAUUCUUCUAGCCAACCGCUUCCCACCUCAACCUGAGGUAGUGUCUAUACCUGAGGAGCCAGCUGGAGAGUUUGAGACAAUACAAUCACCCGGUUACACACGAAACCAGCGAGGAAAGAGAUCACUACCACGAGACAAAACAGAGAGACUAGCAUCAUAG